GACUGCUCGGCAACGUUACGCGGUACCGACGCGCAAUCGACGACGACGCAACGCAGCGACGACGCACGGUCCGGCGGACACCGCGAGCGAAACGCGAAGCGAGUUGGGGGGGGUUGCCCGGUUCUAUGGCGGGUUUCGCGGCGGUUCUAUGCGCUGGCGACUGAACGCCGUCAACGUCCGUAAAGUUUUACAACCAUCGUCGUCAUCGCCGUCGUAACCGUCGCCGGCGGCACUCGCAAUUCGCCGCAAUGCGCGACCGGGUUUGACCCGACAGACCGUCACCAGCGCCACAUUCACCGCCGAUUCCGUCGUCGUCGCUGCCGCUGCCGCCACCACCGCCGUCGCCGCCACCGUCUCGGUCUGCCAUGGCGACCGAAUACCGACAACGACCCGGCGUGAGCGACCAUUUCGAUGACGAGGUAAACACUGUCAUAACGAUUUUCGUUUUCCGCGAACCUCCCCCCUGCGACCCCUUCCCCGUCCGUCCGAAUGGCUUCCGAGCGGCUCGGGAAAGUUUUCGGUUUCGUAGACGUUUUCAUUGGAUACAAGUGGCGCGCUGCUUUCAUCCGGUACAAACAAUAUGUUAGUCACAGCAAUAGUAUAAGGGCAGCGUAGUGAUAAACAACGGGGACUGAGCCGGUGCUCUCCCGUUUUCGUACGUUUUAGGUGUCUGCACGUAGGCCGAGAACACCACGCGAUAAUAUUUCGGUGUUAGUUAUGUAUUUCGAACGGGUACGGCGGUGGGCUACUACGUAGGCAUGACUGGACCACCGUCUAUGAGGGAUGGGGGUGGGGGGGGGUGGGUUGCUUGAAUCAUAGACACGUUGCGGACGCCAUGGGAGCAAUGCCCCUUCCCCCGGCAAUAUCCCCUUUAUACGACGCUUAAUAUGAACGCAACUGCACAUUUCAUUUUCGUAUAAUACGCAAUUUUUUUAACUUUUUUUUUUUUUAUACGCAAAUGCAGUAUGGUAUCUGUAGGUGAUCUGCGUAUUUCGUUUCGUUCAUUAAUUGUUACGAAAUAGACGGACACGAGUAAAAAAGCUUAUUGGGUGUUUUUGAGGGGGGGAGGCGUAUUUAAAACUAGGAGAUAUUACACACCCCUAGCGCACACCCCCUUCCCUAGUUGCGCCUGUGCUUUCAACGAUCUGAUCCGUUCCGAUUGAGUCCGUGACAGCGUUCAAUUUAAUUGUAACACGUAAUCGUGUAAUAGUUACCGAAUGCUUUUUUACGUCGUACAACACGGAUUUAUAGUCAAACGUUUAGAACGCGUUUUGAAACCGGGAAUUCAACGCGUUCGUAAAUCGAAUUAUCCCGAGUUGUUUACAGACGAGUUUCAAACACUUUGUAACAUUAUUUAAUAAGGUAUAUUAUACGAAAUCGUAUUCAGGACAACGCGACAGAGUCUCGAAUCAAAUCUUAUUCGGAAUAAUUCCAAGUUUUUGUGUCACGAAUUCGAAAUGAUCUGCUCUGCCAUUUGAAUUCUGCAUAGGUACUCCGACUAUGGUUUCACCGUCCGUUGACCGAUCAAAAGAACGGAAAACCGUUUUCUUCUUCUAAUUUUUGUCAGAUCUCGGAGAUCGGACGGGUCGCGAAAUUCGUUUGAUUUCCAAUUGCGUAUUACAAAACUCACGUUUCACAACGUGAACGCGAACGCGAGUGAAGUAAAACGUACGUGAAUUCAUUGAUUCGCGAAAUUCAGUUACCUAACUCGGGGUUCAGACAAUACUUUACGAACCAGCUGCGAACGACAACGACCACGACAAGUUAAUUUGCCUCCCUCCCCCUCAACCUUGUCGUCGGUACACCCCCACCGAACCGAAUCGAUAUUUGCUGACCUUUGAGCGACUAGAUUUACAUGCGAAUCUCACGCGAAACGGGAGCAACUGCAUACAAAUAUUAAACACCUAUCUAUUGGCGACGAACCGCACAAACCCCGAUCUGACACCUGUCGUUUUCGUCGUAAUCGGUAAUCAAUAACAUAAUAAUAUUGCGUCGCGGAAAUUUCGGCUAUCGGUUAUUUACGAUUCGGGAACAAAUUACGUCUGUGUUGCUGCAGACGUCAUCCGGGCGCAAAAAAAAAAAAAUUAUCCCGAAAACAUCGAAAUCGGUAUAUUUUAAUAAACCGAUACAAAUUGAUACAGAUUGUGGUUGAUAUGCGCAUAUCGUACCGCGAACGCCGUAAACAAAGUAACGGAUACACAUGUCCGUCCAUCAAAGAUAUCUGUUUAAAAAUAGCGUCCAUAAAACAUGUUACGCCGAAACACGCAGAUGUUUUCAUCUCUAUUUUACCCGGACGAUGGUAGGAUUUAAAUUAUACAUAAUAUAAUUCUAUUAUAAAUUCGCAGGCGAUCGAUUCGUGCGUUUUCGUUACGGACCAUAUUGAAACGAAGUAGGUCGCCAGGCCAACCGAAUUGAUAAUCGUGAAUAACUUACGCAACAUUAUGCAAAGUUCAAAACCAUGCAUAUAUUAAAAACGCUGUACGGAAAAAAAUGAAAACUAAAAAUGAAAUAUGUUUACACGUUAUUACUCCCAGUAAUAUAUAAACACAAACUUCCAAUUAAUAAAAAUCGUUAAUUUAUUUGGUACGUUUUCGAAGGGUCUUUACACAUGUUUAAUUAUACAUAGAAAAAUAAUUCAUAUUUUAUUUGCCGAACUAUUAUUAUUAUUAUUAUUUUCACGUAGGCAAGUAAGGAUGACUCAGAGUAUCUCUACAUAUCAAUAUAGGUUCUCAGUGGAGCGAGGAAGCUUAUGGUAUUACAAUGGUGUUUAUUUAUUUUUUUUCGGUGGACAAUUUUUCUACCAACAAUUUUUACAAUGAUAUUACUUUUUCCGAAAGAAAAACUGACUAGGGUAGUACUUUAAGGAAGUCAUUUUUUUAUUUUCCCUGGAGUUUUCUCAAUAAAUGGGAAUGAAUAUUGAAAAACGUAGUAAAAACGGAAAAAUAAGUACAAUAUCAAAAAAAUGUAUAUAAUUAUUUUACCAUAAUAUGGCAUAUAUGUAUGUUGUUGACUAAGCAACACUAUCAGCCGAACUCCGCUCAGAAUCGUUUUUUCGUUAGCAAUGGCGGAUCAUUGAAUACAAAUAUGAAUUAAAUUACCUAUAACGGUAAGUGCAUCUGUUCUCAUUAUCCCAGGACAGCUUUUUCAAUUUAAAUUUUCAAUCAAUUAUUUGUAUUACCGAACGUAAUUAUAAACGUCUUAACAUGAGUAAUAGCAUGUGCGUUUUGUAAUAAUAUUGCAUUUAAUUACUUAUGUAAAAUAUUAUCAGUUAGAACUGAGAUAAAAUUAAAAUAAUCAAAUAAUUUACAGAACGCCCGUAAAUUACAGCAUAAAUAUAAGUAAUAGUCAACUAGCUCGAUUUAAUAUAGUAAAAUUAAAUAAGUACUAAAAUUUAAUUAAAAAUGCUACACGAAAAAAACAGAAAUCGUCUUUGGACACGAUAGCAAUCUGAAACGAAGUUUUCCUACUUAUUUUUACUCCUCGGUAUUAUAUUAUAUAACUAGGGUGUGUUUUUAUGAACGUUUAAAAUUAAAAAAUAUGUACAUGAAUAUGUAUUUAAUUUUUAUCCAACGUGCAGUAAAAAACGGACGGACAUAAUUUUCAUCACGGGUGGGACACUAUUGUCGGUGAACAGUUGGGAAGGUAAAGAGUAUAUAGCAAGGAAUUUCAUUUAUAUCUGUACUCAACGAUUAAUCAUUGCUAACGACAAACGACUUUGAGUGGAGCUCGGUCAAUAGUAUUUCUUUUUUAACAUGGGCGUUUUCACAACAACGAUAAUUUAAAAAAAAUAAAAUAAAAGAUUAAAAAAACCUAAUAAAAACACAAUAACAAAAAAUAAAUAAAAACGGUUGCCAAUGACUCAUUUUUAAUCUUUUUUUAACAAAAAUAACCAGCUUUUUCUCAUUAUCUCGAAUAUUAAUGAGAAUUUCAACAAAUCACAUUUCAAAUAGAGCUAAAAUGUAACAAAAGGUUCCGUUGUUGUGUUUAGUUAGUAUCAAGAUCUCUAAGAAAAGUUUUGUACACAGUAUAUAUAUAAAAAAAAAAAAGAAAUAUAAAAAAGAAACAUUAUUGUUAUAUCGAGACAUUCCUCGCUUCACACAGAAUCUAAAAUACAAUAUAUGUAGAAUGAAAAAAUGUCUUUAUUUUCGAUAUAAAUUUAAAAAUAAGUACGUAAUACGUAUGUGUAUAUAAUAAAUUCUUAAAUAAAAUAAAAUGAUAUACAUCAGAAUAUUAUAAUUAAAUUAUACAUUUAAUUUGCAUAUGUAUUAAUAUGAAUAUAGGAACCUCGUCCGUCGUCGUCAAAAAAACAAUGGGCAAUCAUGUAUUUUUUAUUUUUUAAAAAAGGUAAAUCGCGUUGAUUGGGACUAGGGAAUACUAUCCCGAAAUACUUUUACCAUCCCGGGAUCACAUUACAAAUUGAUAAAAACAUAAAAAAAUAAAAAUAAAUGAUACGUACAUUUUGAAAAUUCUUUUUUUUUGUUAUUAUAAUAAUAUAUAUAUACAUACAUACAUAAGUAUAUAUAUUUUUAUUCGAAUUUUAUCAAUUUAAUACUGUGUAUCACAGAAAAAAAUAAAUAUGAAUAACAAAUAAAAAAAAAAAAAAAAAAUGAAAAAUAUAAAUAAAUGUUUUUGAAAAGGAAUAUUUUUAAAGUAAGAUCGGAGAAAUGUCAGAUUAUUUAAUGUCUCGUCUUCAAGGUAUUAGGUAUUUAUAUACUGUCAAUUACGAACCAUCAAAAACUCAUAGAUAACAAAUGUAUUUGAGUAUAAAUGAUAUACAAAUAUUCAAUGGUAUUAUAGAUAAACGGGUAAAAUCACAUACAUUCACUGAUACUCGCGAAAUAUUGUAUUUUGUAUAAUAUAUGUUUGUUGUUUAUUUUUAUUAUUAAUUAUCAUAUAUAUAUUUUUCUGCUAUGUAACUAAUUAAUAUAACUAAUUAAUUAAUACUUACUCCCGAAAAUACCGGGAUUUCCAGGAUAAAAUGAAGGUUGAGAUCCCGGGAUCCCUGGAUUGUAUUCUUUAAUUGAGACGCAAUACGUUUUUGUAGCGGCACAAGAAUUUUUUCACGUUGGUGUCUAAUUCAUUAAGAUUGAAUUCAAGACAAGUUUGUGUAUUCAAUUAUUUUUAAAACUUUUUUCUUAUUAUUUUGUUAACGUCCCCGUGGGCAUUAACAUUUUUACGAAAAUAAAAAUCAUAAAACAACAAAAUGUCAAAAAGGUAUUUUUAACCGAGCUUCGCUUAGAUUCGUUUUUCAUUAGUAAUGAUUUAUCGUUGCUUUGAAUAUAAAUUAAAUUACACUGUAUGUGUAAUGCGUAAUUCUUAACUUGCCUCCUCCUUUUUAUAACAGUGGCAUAGCCAUGAGCAGUUCACUAUAUGAAAGGCGUAGCGACGAAACACAAACAUUCACAGUAAACAUCUUCUCGAAAACUUGUUGUUUAGUAGCCAAUAAUCCCCUAUCAGAAACUUCCUAUUGGGAUACAUUUUAACCACUCCACGAAUUGCUUGUUUUAUUUCUAAAAUUAAUGGCUUGACUCGGGAAAUGGCUUAAGUUUAAGUUUAAUUAAUGCGGAACAUCUCGUUGGAAAGCAUUUGGACCUUUCUAGAAACUUUCUAUUUGAUCCUUAUAUCAAUUACCUUUUCCAUACCUUUUUCCCUCUUGGUUUAUCCUUUUGAGUUUUUGAUGGAGAGUGGUGUCGAAACAACAUAGUACGUGACUUUGAUUUUAAAUAGCAUACGACUGAACAUGAAAAUGGAUAAUAUGAGAUGUAGUUUAAUUAAGUUUACAAUCUAAUUUUUAUCUAAUAUGAUAGAUUGUAAACUUAAUUAAACUACAUCUCAUAUUAUCCAUUUUCACGUCCAGUCGUACGCUUUUUAAGAAUAAAGUCAUGUUCUAUGUCUUCCUAGUUAUAUAACAGUACAUCGGGACGGAAAAAUACUAUCAACAUUGAAUGUCAAAGACUCGGGUAUUGAAAGGAUGCCAAUUGUUCUAACUAGUUAAAUUAUAGAUAUACGUAUGGUUAUCCCUAAACUAAAAAAUUCCAUGGGAUAACAACAAGCCAAUACUGUCAUAUUAUUUAUGCUGUAAUGCCGUAUAAUAUUAAGUGUUAGAAAAUUUUGCGACGUAACAAACUUGAUUGAAGCAUUAUACUGUGAUAUCACAACAUCAAGUACACGAGGCGUUUAAAUGAUACAUUUAUUUUAUUAAAACAGAAAUUGGAGUAAACUUUACCUAUCAAGCCUUCAACACAUGUAUGAAAUUAUGUACAGAAUAUUUUUAAAACUUUAAUUUCUCGUGUAACUUCAAGUCCUGAUAUUCUGGAAAUUUCGAAAAAAAAAAAAUGAUAUAAUUCAACAGUAAAAAUAUUACUUCUGGAAUAGAUAACGACGAGUGUGACUCGGGGUUAGAAUGUCUAUGGAAUCUUAUCCUCCAUUUUUCUCGAAUUAAAUUUCAAAAUAAAUGUUACAGAAAUGACUACAAAGAAUUACUUCAGUUAAUCAUAAUUAUUUUUCGGAUGAUUAUUAGGACAAAUAAUUGAAAGUCCAUCCUCCUGGAGAAAUUAUACAGUGGAAAAAACAAUUAAACUUCUAGAAGUUUAACCAUAGAUGAAAGAAAGUCUGAGUUGCUAUUACACGGUGUACAAGAACACAGAAGAACAUGCCCUAUAUGUAGUAAGGAAAUAACGAAAAAAACUUUUGAGAAACUAUUAAAUCUAUUAUUUAUUAAUUUUUAAAUAAUUAUAAAAAUAAAAAAGUAUGUUAUAUAAUGAUUUAUAGAAAUUUUAAUUUCAAAUCCACAAUGUAACAUUUUUCAAUUUCUCUAUCAAUUUACGAAAUAUUUAUAAACAUAUUAAAUGUUUAAAUACACUAUAAUCAAAUGAAUGUACUCGAAUUUAAAAUUCAAGUCAGCACGGGUCAACAUUAAUUUAUUGACCCAAAGUAUUUUGUAGCUCAAUUGUAUAUGCAUGUACAAAAAUUUAGGAGGUGAAAUUCAACAAUUGUUGAGAUAGAUAAAUAAAGGGAAAUAUUAAUAUUUAUACUUUGUUCCACACUUCAUUAAAACAUCUUUCUCAUUUUCCGAUUUAGUUCAACAGUUUUAUUUGAAAUUUAAACCUGAAACUAUAACCAUAAUAAUUUUAUUCUGGUUUCGGUUUGUUCGGUAAUUAGAAAAAACUAAAAAAUUACGGUUUCUGGUUGAUAAUGUUUAAAAUUAUAAUAAUAAUUUUUAAAACCCACUUAAUUGUUUACUCAUAACUAUCAACUAUAAUCGCAGUUGAAAAAUUAAAAUAAGAAAAUUAUUUGAACCAGAAUCAAUCACAAAAAGGGUUACCUAAAUAAUGUUAUAUUGCAUUUGAUUUUUUAAAUAUUUAAAUUUGAGUUAUAUAAUUUAUAUCUGUAAGCAACGAUAAACCAUCGCAAACGAGAAACGAUUCGGAGCGAAUUUCGGUUAUACACCAUCGGAACGAGAAUAACAGUUGCGUAUAUAAAUGGGAUGGUAAGGGGGAGGGGGGUUCAGUAGUACAUACAAAAUGUUUAAUACGACACACGAAAUAACCACACUCUAACACACCAAAUAUUACAAAUAUCACUUUGAUUGCAUCAUAUAGGCAACCCGCAACACAUAUAAAUUAUUCAUUAUUAUGAUUUCAACUCUCACCCGAACGCAACCCGUAAUGUCCACCGUACAUACUCGAUCUGUUUCACCUCUUCCUCCUCGCCAAUCACCUACCAUCUCUAUAUUGUCGCAAUCCCGUUUUGAUUCACAAACAUACACACGUACAUAUUGUAUUAGGAUUAGAUAUAUCAUAAUACAGGUAAUCAAGUUGGGUUGCUAUGCGCAUUAUAGUGUUGCCUACAGACAUACGAGUGAGUAUAGAGUGAGUAGAGAGUGGUAGUCUCUUUUUGUGUGCGCAGACGGUUGUCCGCGGACAUGCGUAGGGAGAAGUUAAAUAUGAGUUAACAUUUUUUUGACGUUUUUGAAUCGACGAUGGCUCCGGGAACCAGCGUGAGCAUUACCUCAGGGCCGUCAUCAUCCUUUAUUGUUCAAAAUUCACAUAUAUAACAAAGAAAAAUUUAAAAAAUACGAAAAAAGGACAAUCUAGGACAAUAGCUAGGCUAGCUCUUGUUCUAGAUCUUUGACUGUACUAUGUCUCAUCCAGCAGUCCAAUUUACGGACCAGCUCCUAAUUUUUUACUAAAAAUUACAAUUUUUGUUACCAAGGCACCGCACACGAAGGUGGCUUUAUUGACUCACUGUAUACGUAGUGCACACUGCAAAUUAUAGUCAUUUUCGUUCUUCCUAUUACAAACAAAUUUUCUACUCUGGCCGCUUAAUAUGGAGUUUAAUAUGGAUUAAUUGAAGGGCUGAGUACAAGAAAGGCAUUUUAUAGAAAACGUGUUUUGAGACAAACGAAAUUAAAGUUUCAAAUGGGUGACACUCUUUUAGAUCUGCUCAAAUAGUUAUAAAAUUUGUGUUUAAAUCACUGAAAAAUAAAACGAUAUUAUUUAUAAAUAUAACAUACAUAAUAUGUAGUUCUUUACAAGAAAGGCAUUUGCACACAAUCACGUAAACGCUUCUACAGUGCUCUAUUAUUAAAAUUUCGAACUAAAAUUGUAUAUACAUAUAUUAUAGACUGUAGAGGUCGCAGAGUUCAAAAACACAUUUUAAGCAAAAAGGGCAUUUCCGUGAAGCGUCUCUUUACUUUUUUCCGUGGACAAAAUUGUACACAUGUUAACUCUACAUCUUUACUUAUAUUAUGAUGUGUCUAUUAUCAGUAUUUGCGUGUGUACAUGUGUGUGGAAACGAAAGUACGAUAACAUACAGAUCAUAGGUACUUAACCGAUGGUCCAUUGAACUCUCGGGUUAUUUACUCGGGGAUCCACGGAAUGGUUGAUUUUUUUUAAAACAAUCCAAAAAUAAAUUUGUUUUAAAUUGAUUCAAACAAUUUGAUACUUCAAGAUCAUCGGUUGAAGUGAAAGCUGUAUAUUUAAAUUGUAAGAAAUACAAAGAAAUCGGAACUGAAUAUGAAGUUUUUUACUAUACUGAAGUAUGUUAGCUUUCCAAAAAACUUUUUUAUAAACGUCAAUAAGAAAUUUUUUUUUUUUUAAUAAAAAGACAAAGCUCACUCUCAAAAUAUUUUUAUAAUGAGUUCAUUCAUUUCAUAUUUAACAGAUAUUUUUAGUUUGAACAUAUUUAAAGUUUAUUUGAACAUAUUAAAUACGUCGAUUCAAGGACGAUAAGUAACAAUUAUGGACGUGUCUGGAAAAAAAAUGCAUUUGAAUUGCAUAAAUGAAAUUAGCCCGUGGAAAAAAAGAUUUCAAUCGAAAAUACAUACUUUCAAACACUUUAACAAAAACUUUAAAAUAAAAAUAAUAUUGUUUUGUUUAGUUCCGUACAAAUAUAAAUUUAUAAACAUCAUAAUGUACUGAAUAACUUAUUUAGCAUUUAAUUUCGAUUUUACAUUUUCAAAAGUAGAAAUAUAGUUACGUAGUAAUUCUUUUUUUGGGGAAUUAAAUAUUAUUUACAAUCCAGACCCCGUUAAAAACAAAUUAAUUGAUUCAAGAUCAAAAGCAAUGGCACACCACGAUUUUCAAUCAAAAAAUGUAAUCGAAUAAUUAUGGUAUGCAUUGAAGAAAGCUUAUCCGUGAGUCAAGGGCAAUGCAAUUUUUGAUUCCAUUCAACACUACAAAUCUGUGCGAUUCUACAGUGGUCACAAAUCAAAACAAAAUCAGAAAACCAGUUGGACAAAAAAUCAUAUUGUUUUUUUUUUUUUCAAAACGGUUGGGGGUCCGUGGUUACACUUUAUACUCGAAAGAAGACCGCGACUUUGAAAAGGUCAUGAGCCUAUGAUGGUGAUAGUUGAUGAGCGGUGGGGCGGAAAGAGUGAAAUAGCCAGAGUACGUGGUGCGCAUUACGUGUCGUGCGUGGCUUUAGUUGAUUUAAUAAUAACGAACAGGUUUAUGUGUGCUGCGGGUGGCCUAUACGAUGCAAUCAAAGAAAGUUUUGUAAUAUUUGGGCUGUGCUCCUGUGUUACGCUCAUGCACGCACAAAUAUAUUACGUACACAAUACAUUUAAGGGAAAGGGACGACUGAUCACUCCGCUUCAUCCUAAUUAUAUAGUGGGCCGGUUAAAGAAACGUCUGCCGGUCAUAGCCUGAUACGGGAACCAACUGAACUCCAUGCUUCCCGUCCUGAACUUGACUAUGGUGUACGAUUCGGCCGUGCCACGAUUACCGUUCCGUACGUCUUCCAGUAAAGAUGAGCUCAGGCCGACCCAUUUGGUCUUUAAACGGUUCUGGGACCGUCCUUCCGAGUCGAACCAUUUGACCCGGUAAAGGAGAUUCGGUGUGGACUCCACCGAUGACCCGGACGUCUCCGAUUGCGCAGUGUCCGCUGAUCCUGGCGGCUUACCUUUCUCCACCAUAAACACGCCAGCCCGAAUGUUAGACCGGCGAACUCGGGUCAGCACCACCCAGAACAUACCGGUCGGCGACCGGACCAAAUACGUCCGGCGCUGUUUCGAUGGGAUCUGGUUUACGUUAUCCACGGACAGACUGUUCCUCUGCACGAGAAUGGUUCACGUUGCACAGUUGACGACCGAACGGCCCGUAAAAAAUAAUAAUAACAAAAAAAAAAUGUGAUUGUUAAUUAAUCGUCAAAUUGAAUAUCUUUAGUUUUUAAUGGUGGCAUUUGCAACGCUACAUUACAAACACGCAUUAUUAUACGUUAUCAACAUUUGCAUGCAGGUUUUCUUACAUUGGGGUAACCAAAAGUCUAACAUUAAUGGAUAAGCUAGAAUCAAUGUAUGUACAGAUAAUAUCAAUGUUAAAAUUUAUAAAGUUUUUUACUCUUUGAGGGGCGGUGGUUAUUUUGUCGACUAUUUAUUUCGUGGCAUUUAAAGGGGUGGUGGUCAGUAGAACUAAACCGCUUAUAAAAGUAUUAUUUUUGUUUUUUACGGUAAUGGUUGGGUGUAUUAACCACAUACCAUAUUGUUUACAGGCUGUUUCACAAAGAUAUACACCUUGAACAUCUCCGGAGAUAAUAAAGAUACAGAAUUCGGUUAUAUUUAUUAUCUCCGUAGAUAUUUAAGUGGUUUAUCUUUGUGGGACAACCUGUAUAAAUAUACCAGGUAAUCCAUUUAAGUGGGUACAAUCAAAAUCUCGGAAAUUAUUAAAUUUUUGGAGUUUGUUUUUUUAGAGCAUUUCAGAAACAAGCUGCUCUACAAUUUUAUAACUAUGUUAUUUUUUGUUACUCUUAUUUUUGGGGGUAAACCACUACAUACCUUUGAUUAUCAAAUGAUAAACUUAUUAUAGAAUGUCCAUAAAUACGUGGAGUAUUAGCUAAAGUAAAUUUUCGUGUUGAUAUUUUUAAUUUCCCUUAAUCCGUUGACGAGAUAUUUCAUUUUUUAAUUUUAGGUUGGAAAAGAGUAAUGGUACAUUAUUAACACGUUGCACGCAAUACCGUCACACGAAUAACACUACUCUCCUCCGACCCAAAAUUAUAAUUGGAAUAUCUCGUCAACGGAUUAAGAAAAAUCAAUAAUUUCAAUACUAAAAUUUAUUUUACGGGAUGAUGGUAAAACUGAUUUGUCGACUUAUUGGCGGCGGUAGUGUGUUGUGACAUUGUCGAAUUACUUCACGUUGGGUCCCCACGAAUUUUAUCAAAUACUCGAGUUGGAUUUCGGAAUAUUUCGUUUAGGAAAUUUUAUUUUAUUUGUAUUUAUAUUGAUAAUGCUAAUCCAGCCUAUUAAAGUAACCUAGGAGACACCGCGUGCCAGGAGGUUGGACUCGGAUGGGUUAGAAAUCUCCCAACAAUUUUGUUUCUUUUUACUUUACUGUUAUAAAAUCUGACCUGGCAAUGCUUUACAAUAGUGUAAGGCUUUUUUUUUUUAAUACUAAGAAUUUUCAUUUUUUUACGGAAUAAAUGUAAAAAGCCGGUCUUUAACCGGGUUAAUUAUCUACUGGUGAAAUAAAGUUCAAUAUAUUCUCUCGUAAAUACAUUUCUUUUUCACCGUUGCUUACCACUGAACUUAUACGUGAAUUUCACCUUAAAAUCCAUGUCAAGUGGCUUAUAAAACGGAAAAAAAAAAUGCGGCGAACUGUACCGAAACUCCCGUUGACAUAGUACUGUCGUUAUCGACACAAUAUUACCGCAGACCCGGUUCGUGAUUAAUUUUAAUGAUUCAAUCGUAUCCGGGGACUCGACCCGAGUGCUCUAAACGUUGUGUUGACAGAGUGAUACGGAGAAAUAUUUCACACCCACUACUGCAAUUAUUAUAACCGUGGCACAAUCGAUUCGUCACGCUAUUUGAAAUCGGCCGGCCGAAAUCACGGCUAUAGAUAAUACGGUUACGCAUUUAUCCUCGAAAAAGCGGAAUCUAAUGUUCUUAUCGACCAUGGCAAUAACCUGCUCACUGCCGGAGCCCCCGGCAAAUAUUAUUGGUAUGAUAUAAAUAAUGAUAAACCGAUAAGUGAAAAAAUAUUUCAUCCACCAGGAGCUCUUGCGAUGGGCGGGUUUUGGUGAAAUUCGAUAAGAACAUUUCCUGCCGGGUUUUUUUGUCCUGCGGUACGCUCUAGGCCGUCAAGCAACCAUGGCAACCAUAGUAUCUGUGGUCGUGGUCGAAACACACGUGUUAACCGCGCAAUUCAAAUUCGCGUUCGCGGACGAGUUUGACGGCGGUUGGUUCUGGGCCGCGGCGUGGCCGGUCGGCGAGGAUCCGGAGCCCGGAGUCGUUAUAGGAACUAAAAACGAACGGGUCUCUAUAAGUUAUUGUGCGAUUUACCAUGGCUUCGACAAAGACGCCGGAGUGCGUGCAGCUAACGUGUCUCUGCAGCUGAUCGUAGUAGCCCACCCAUUGGCACGCGGACACCAGACAAUAGACGUUCGGUUUGUACGGGCACACGAGCUCGUGUUCGGGUAUGUCACGGACAAAGUGCAGCUCGUCGCAGCCGAAUCGCCGGUAAUCGCACACCAGCCUCACUUUAUCUAUGAUCUCGGUGAAUUUCACGGUCAUCGCGGUCGGCGAUUCCAAUUCCAUCGGAGAUCGGCACAUGGGACAGUGGUGCGUGUAGUCACUGCUCCACAGUUCGAUCACGCACUUGCCGCACACCGCGUGCCCGUUCGUGCAGAGUGACGUCAUGUCCGCGGCCAGCGUCAGGCAGACCGGACACUCGAGCGCCCGUCGGAUCUGGUCGCUGAUGGCCUCGAUCUCUUUCCACUCGUCCGACAGCGUAUCCGUCUCCUGCAUCGCCGUUGUCGUCGUCGUCAUUUCGUCAAAGUUCGAAAAACAGAAAUUCGGUUAAAAACACGAGUGACGCACACGCGGACGUUAUAUUUAAAACUGGGAACUAAAUUUUUACUAAACCAAUGAAUCCCGAAUGCACUCGUUGAAGUGACAAUAAUUGCCGGGCAUUUCAAACGCUCGAAUACAUUUUCGUUCACUAUGGUUACAGUAAACAGAUUUCGUUUGAAAAAUAAAAAAAACUAAACAAUAUUUAAAAUAUAUGUAUCUGUCCUGUCCGGUAAUAUUACCUCCUUGUUAUUUAAAAUUUUUUAUAAUUUUCAUCCGCGUCAACGAGAUUGCCCACAAAACAAUAAAAUUAAUCCGAUUUCCGUACUUAAAAACGAGCGGAAAAAUGUAGCCUAUACAAAGUGAUCCGUUUAAGUGGGUUGUUAUUUUUACAAUAAAAAAUAUUAAAGAGCCGCUUGUUUCCUAAAUGUUCUACAAAACAAGGUUAAUACUUUUCGAGAUAAAGACUGUACACACUCAAAUGGAUUCCCUUGUAUAGGCGGCAUUUUUCUGCCCGUAUUUAACCCCUUAAUGGGAGAAGAAGAACUGUAUCUGUGCAAAGCUUCAGCUCAAUACGUUCAAUGGUUUUGGCGCGGAUCGAUUAUUUAACAAAUUUUCGGAAUUACAAUAAAAAUUUAAAAAAAAAUAAAAUUCUAAAAUCAAUUUAAAAUAAAAAUUAAAGUUGAUUAAAGUUUAAAAUAUUUGGUUUUUUAUGUCAAAUUUACCCCGAAAACCGAGACGGUACGGCAGAUGUUUUGAAAUCGGUUAAUAUCAUUAUAUUGAUACAUUAUUGUGCACGAAAACCGAUUUUGUGCCGUCAGCUUUAACAUAAGAGUGUAUUAGCCUAUAUUAUCAAAUGUAUACGUAAGAACAUCGUUUGUUCCCGUAAUUCACUUAUUUUAAUUUUCAAGCGAGUCACGAAUAUGUGAAAUACUACACGUUAAAAACCGUCAAAUUCAGCUUUAAAAUUUAAAUAUCGAAAAAGAACAGCGUACAGACACACAGACGAUAUUUUUACCUUUGAGUUUGAUAGAAGACCGAUAUUAUCUAAUAUCAAAAAUCUUACGGUACAAAAUCGGCGCAAGUAUAAGACGUUAAACGAUUUCACAACAUAUACAUUAUGAAAACCCAUUAAAAUAUAGAAAAAAAAAAAAAUGAUUUCCUUUAAGCACCGGGAAAUUUCCCAACAGAAAAGACGCUACACUCGAUCCGCGAGAGAAAUAUUUCCGGUAGAAAAGUUGCAUACAGACACAAACAAAAUUUAAAAAAACACACACACACACACACACACACAUACACACACAUACACACAUCACGGUAAUACCAAUAGAUCCCUCGUUACACUACGAAUCCGAAAAGAAAUACUUUUAGUUGAGAGGAGGAAAAAACGGUGUGUUUUCUGUGCACGUGGAAAUUCGACAACAUCGCGCGACAGUAAAAACGACCGUAGCUCGCUUUGAUAUUCGCUCGAACCGUGGCGUUGGGUGGGGUGGGAGAAAUUCGAAUUGCCUUAAUGUUCUCCGUUUUUUCCCUAGGAUCUCGUGAUGAGCUCCGCCCAACAGCGACGUAACUGGCGCGGAAUACUAAUCGCCCUGAUGGUCAUCGUAGCCGUUCUGGCGAUGAUCGUCACGUCGGUGGUGCUACUAACUCCGCCGCAGGCCGAGGAACUGCCGGACUCUUAUUUCCACUCGGAGAACGGUAACAGGCCCGGUUCGGAUUACUAUUACAAUCAGCGGGCGAAAGACGAACUCUGGUGGCGUCGCCGGGGCAUGAGGGCGUUGCGUUUGUCGGACGCGAUGUCCGAUUCCGGGAGCAUAAAACUCUUCAACGGCACGUGGAUAACGGGCGACGAGAUGUUUCACGUGACCGGAACCGGCGAUUUGGCCAUAAUGCAAGUCCAGAAGGACGGGACCGUGCAGACUACCCGCCUGUUGAUACCGAAAAAUACGUUACAAGUCGGUGUCGUGGACUUUAAUCCUAAUAAAUUGAUUACCCGUGAAUUUUUGUGGUUUGUAUAGUUUUUUAUUUCUGUGUUUAUUUUUUCCAGAAAUUACAAGGCCCGUUGAUAUCGUUCGAAUUAUCGCCCGACCGCAAUCACGUGCUCGUCGGACACAACGCCAAAAAAGUAAACUUACAAGCGUCUGCCGUUUUUUACAGCUAAAUUUACUCUUUUUUUUUGUUCACGUUUUUUUUUUCCGAUUUCCGACGUUCCGCCACAGUUGUACAGAUACUCGAAAACGGCUCGAUACACGGUGUGCACCGUUUCUACCGGGUUAGGAUUUUUUUUUUUUUAAAUUAAUCAUUACACACUCGUUACAUCAACACUAUAUUGUCAUCAUAACCGUGCGUAAUUUUAACGGUUUUUGCCCCCCCUUUCUAGACAAAUCACGCCGGUCACUUUGGAGGAUCGCCGAUCGCGGAACGGCACCGGGAAACCCGCCAAACCGCAACCGUAUCUGUUGCACGCGCAGUGGCACAAGGUGUCGACGAUUUCGCCGGAAAAAGACAAGGAGUCCAUGGCGCUGAUCAUCGUGUACCGAUAUGACCUGUUUUACGUGCCGUGGUCAAUGGACGCCCCCGUUUCGCAUGUGGCCGCAAAUGCCACCGUGAAGAACAACGGGACGGCCGAUUCCCGAGUGACCGCGCCGUCCAACGGCACGUCGUCGACGCCGCGACCUCCGGGUGACAAGAGCGGAAACAGCAGCGUUUCGUUGGGGCCGUGGCCGUACGGUCCGGCGCGCAGAAUCACCACUUCCGGGUCGGGUCCCGGGGUUUACAGGGUCGGGGAAACCAGCAACGGGGUGGCUGACUAUUUGUACGAAAGUAAGGCGACAUCCGUGUGUUUCGGGAAACGGGACUUUUCGGGGCCGCCGUACCGGCGAUUAAAGCGAACAUAAAUGCAUCGUACGGUGAGAACAUUAUUCUCGUUGGUCGUUUCGGUAUGAAAAUAACGUACAAAGUACGAGUUAUAAUGAACCAAUUUUAAAUUGUCAAGCGUUUCUGUUUGAUUAAAAAAUUGUAUCCACAGAGUAGAUACCUACCAAACAAAAAUUACGUAAACAAAUCGAAAAAUUAAAAUUAGUAUAAUUGGCUUUAAAAAAGCUGAAUUAGUUUGAAAAUUGUAUCACUUUUAAAAAAAUCAAAUAUAAUAUUUUUUUUUUAAGUUUUAAGUUUCUAGAAAUGUUCUUCACUGAAUUAAAACAAUAACACAAAAUAAAAAAUAAUACGUUUCGCAAAUUUCCACGUUUUUCCUAUAUUGUUUUCCCCAAAUUAUUUUAAAAACCACUUAGAAAAUCUAGAUAAAAUUUGAUUUCAGAAAAAGUACUACACGUGAUAAUCAGAGCAAGAUUUCUGGUAGAAAAGUUAUUUAAAGAUAAAAAAAACGAUAAACAUCAUUGUAAAACCAAAACAUUCCUUACUUCGCUCAGAAUCUAAAAAAAAAAGACAUGAACUUCAGGCUCAUCAUUAUGAGAGUUGAAUUUUUCCUCAGCUGGCUAGUUUUCGUUACAUGUUUCGUGAUUUUUUUUUUUUUCCAUAAUGCUAAAGAAUUGAAUAAAAAGCAAUUAUAAAAAUAGGUUAAGUGGUUUCCGAGAUUUUCGCUAAUAUACAAACAGCCGGUGGGGUCAGAGGAUGGAAGUUCAAACCUUCUAAAGGCACAUUCUCAAAAAUAUUUCUAUUUCUAUGCUACGGGGGUUAAAGCCCGGUGACCGGACAAUAUCGGAAUUGUCCAGGCAUUUCGAUAUGCCCACCACCACAUUAAGCAAUUGCAAUGCCCAAAAGUACUUUACUGUUUCUUGCUUCGCCUUGAAGUCUAAAGUUGGGCAAUUCACGAAUUCCAAAGUGAUUAUAGAGGUUAUGCUAUACCAUCCGUAUUAUUUAUACUAUAUUAUAGAGAUUUACAUAGGUAGUAUAUUAUUACAUGUAAUAUAGUUAUAUAUUAUUAUAUUAUUAUAUUACAUUGAUAUUUAUUUUGUGCGUAUUAUUAUUUAACUAUUACAUUACGCAUCUGUACAUUAAUACAGUUAUUAUUAUAUUAGCGUUGUGCUAUAACAUUUCAUUACCAGUAAGUACUUGAAAAAUGAAAUUCCUUAAAUGUUAGUUUUAUAAAUUUACGUUUCAUAUCUAGACAUUUGACCACAACAACUAUUUACACACCAACUAAAAGUACGCUAUAAAAAAUCACUUUGCCCGUGUAAAAAAAUGCAUGGUUAAUAUUGAUUUAAACGCAAAAAAAAUAUCAGUGCAAUAUGAUUAUAAUAAUAAAGUAUAAUAUUAAUGCAACAAUGUACUACCUAUAUCAUUUUACCCAUGGGCAUCGAGCAAUCUGCAAAUGGUCCAAUUUCAGUCUAAUCGAGGCAUUUGGUGAAAAAUUAAAUUUUCAUUUUCAUCUCUAAACACAAAAAAAAAAUAAUAACUUUAUUUAUUCACUUGAAAAAAUUUUCAAAGUAGCCAUAUUAUAAAAAUUGUAUUCCAAACAUUUUAAUUUAUCAUACAUUCAUAUCCGAUAAUUAAUUUCUAGAAAAUAGACGCGAAAACAAUUAAUAUCCAAUAAAAUAACACGUUAUGCGAUAAAUGACCGAAAUCAGCACGGUAAUUCUUUACUUUUUAUUGAAUAUUAAAUAUUUUCACGUCUAUCUUUUAGAAAUUAAAAUGGCUAUAACUAAAAAAAAUAUUAAUCAGAUGAAUGUAUAGGGUAUUAAAAUUUUAAAAAUAAUAUGUUUUACAAAACGGCCAUUUUAAAAAUUGUCUUAGGUUAAUAAAUAAAGUUAUUAUUAUUUUUUUUUUUUUUGUGUUUAAAAUGUUUUGUGUACAAAUACGAAAUCCGAGCACACUAAUAUUUGGAGACUGGGUUAAAAGUCGAAACCACGAAAUGCUAUUCUUUAUAUGCGUAUACAACAUUUUAUGCUUUUAGCUUCAUUUUGAAUAUCUGUAAGGGUGUAAAGCUAACAAAGUGAAAAACCACCUUACACUCCUACAUAAUCCAACGAGAUUGUAAAAUUCAAAUAAAAAAUUUAACCAAUAUUUUAUUACUUCAAUUUGCCUAUAAAAAAAAUCAUAGUUCCUGAGUUUAUGCUCUUUUAAUCCUGAGAGAACCGUUAAAAGUGUCCAAAUGUAUCAGAAAAUAGAUAUAAACAGAGUGUAACACGAAAAUCUGGCUUUAAAAAUAACUUUUAGAUUCUGAGUGAAGCUAAGAAUGUAUUGGUUUUAAAAUGAGGUUUAUUUUUUUUAUUUAAGUUAUGUGGUAGUGAUUAUACCGAUGAAAAUAUGUAAAUAUUUUUAAAACAAAACCAUUGAUUUUUGUGUUUACUAUUUUUACUAUAUCAUAUGCUGUGUCAGGUUAAGCUGUAGGUCCUAGGCAUUGUUUGAAAAAUUACGUUUCAUAUCACAGCUACUUUUGAAAACAAUUUUUGUCAAGUUUGUAUUAUAUUUUAACUUUACAUAUUAUAAAACACCUUACCGAUUUCUAUUUAUUCAUAAAUAAUAAUUCGUGCAAGGUAAUUAUAAUACAUGGCAGAACAACUUCGUUAUCUAAAUUUCUUACGAGUAUAAAAAUAGUAUGGCCGUCAUGGCUCAUAAGGUAGAGCCAAUCGGAAUUUUUUUUUGUGUAUCAACAAGUGUAAUGCCUUAUUAUUAUUGAGUAAACAAUCUGAAAAAAGAGUAAUAAUUAUUGUGAUAUUUUCAUUGUUUUCCACACAGCAUUUUGAAAAUGAUAAUAUUUAUAAAUGGUUAAAUAAUAAAUAUUUUACUAAUAAUAGCGUAUAAAUAUUUUAUUCUUAUAAUAAAAAAAUAUUUUGUUAUAUGAUUUAGAAAAAUGUUUUCUAAAUAUUUGUAUAAUGUUUCCAAGAAAACGUACAAAUUAAACGUAUUAGAAAUAUGAGAUUAUGAUGUUAUUCUAAAAUAUUUUCCAAAUAUGAACUAUUCGAACAAAAAAUAUUUCCAUAACAUUUACCACAUAAUUUAACAAUAAUCGAACAUAUUUCGACAUUAUAGAAUUUUCCUAAAAAUAUUUUGUUCAUAUUAUGGAAAUCUUUUUUUGCUACGUGGGUUAAAGAUUUUAUAAUCUUAUAUUUAAUUUCUAACGAAACAUGUUAAAUAUUAAUCACAAUUUUUGUUAAUUUUGGCCUAAUUCUAAAUUUCUCCUAAUUUUGCCUAUUUAUAUAUUUAAGAGAGAGGGGUGUCAAAAUAUUGGUUGAAAACCACGAGUCUAAUGUAUUAACAGAAAAUUUACUCACCACUCAUGCCUUUUUGAUGUUAUUUUUAUUCGUAUCGAAUAGUUAGUUAUAAUCAAUAAUAAUAAUACAUUUUUUAAAAAAAGGAUUAUACGGCAAUGUUUACAUUCAUCGCAUUUGUAUUUAAUUCAAUAACGGGACAUAACUAGUUUAUAAUAAGAUAUCUAUUAUAAAGCAUACAUAUUGGGAAACACGAUGUUAUUUUAAGAAUAUUUUGAGAAUAGUUACACUAAAGUAAUAACGUAAUAUAAUAAUAUUUAAAUUUCCCCCGGUAAAUUCGUCAAAUUAAAUCGGUUCCACCUUAAUGCGGCCAUUUUAUUUCUAUAGUCGUAAGCGAUCGCAUUUUGAGAACGAAGUUGUUUUACCAUAUAUUAUAACUACUUUGAAUUUACCUAUGUAAUUUAUUAUAACAUAACUAGUUAGUGUUGGAAAAUGAUAACCAACAAAUUAUCUACCUAGAUAGUAUAACAGACAACAAUUGAUAAAAUGUAUCUACAUAAUAGAGAAUAUAAUUUGGUUUUUAUAAAAAUACAUAAUUAUUAAGUUUUUAAGUUUCUAAGACUCAUUUAAGGUUCGUCAAAAUUCAAUAAUAAAUUGUAUAUAAUAAAACAGUUAUUUUAAGAUUCAGACCUCUUUUCUUAGCCCGUUUGUUUCUCGUAAGCUCCUGGCACAGUGCAUCUGACAACUUAUUAUUUUCUUGAUUUUUGUAUUUUACCUACUUGACCAAUUUUCGUUUCUACUGGUAUUUUUUAUAUUAUUUAAUUAAUGCAAUAUAAAUAUUUGAUAAUAAAUAUAUGACAUAAUAUAAUUGUAUACUAAAUAAUGGGCGACGAAAACGAUUUUCACCAUAUAAUGUAUUUUUGACAUGUCGCUGAACGGACAGCGCUGAAAUGUCCUAGAUCCCAAGUAUUGUACGCAAAAAACGUACCACAAUUAUUUCUGACAUAAUGAUAAUGUUAUUUACAGUCGAGAUAUUGAAGAGGUCACCAGCAAUAUGGCCGUCGUCUGGGAGGUACAUGUUGUAUGCGACGUUCGACGACCGCCGGGUGGGCGAAUACAAGUAUACCGUUUAUAUGAAGGGUGGGCUUAACAAAGAUGAAGAACUGCCAGAUACCGACGAACAUCCACAACAACAAAAGCGAAAAAAGAGACGUCGCCGGAGACGUAUAAGAAGGAACGUUAACUCCAAAUAUGAUAAUUACGCGUCGGAUGCGUAUGACGAAGAUGAGAUGUCUGAAUAUUAUUUAUAUCCUAAAAUUCGUUCUCUGAGAUACCCGAAGGUAUAAGGAAUAAAUCAAUUCGUUAACGUUUCUGAGCAGUUGAUGGCGGCUAUCAUGUUUACGGAAAAAAUCCUCAUUUACAUUAUUAGGGUAGAUGGUUGUGUGGUUGUAGCCGUUGGGUUCCUGACUUCUAGACCUUACAUUCCACAAAAUCAUUGAUUUUUAAUAAAUUAGGAUUUAAAAUUAUUAAAUGCCUACAACGUAAUGUUUAAUAGAUAACAAAACAGAUGCAUUAUAUAUUACCGUUGAUCAUUGGCGUAGCCAGGGGUUUUUUUUUUUUUUGGUACUUUGACCUCCCAUUUGUUUUUUUCUUUUUAGGUAAAAUUAAGGUUACGUUGAGAGACGAAUUAGAAACAGUAAUAAUUACAAUAUCAAUAGACGUAGACCAUAAAAGAGGUGGGAUUGAGGUUGAAUGUGAUUGAGAAUGAUACGAGUGAUGUCGAGUAUAUGUGAGACGACGUAAGGGAUCAGGUCAAGUAAAGUUUACGACGAGGGUGGCUGACUUCAAAAAACUAGAAUGAAGACAAAGGAAAAGAAGUAUGUUAUUUAAUCUUGAAAUGUAUAAUAUAUGGUAUUUCAGUCAAGUUACAAGCAAAAAUUUGAUUCAUCGAUUAAAAAUUGAUUUUUAGGACCGAAAAUAAUUCUGACGUUUGAAUGUUCAUAGUAAAGUCGUGUAGAGAAGAAGAUUCGACGAAUUAUUCAUAAUUAUUAUUAUCAUUAUUAUGCUAUAUCCUUUCUUAUUGAGAAACCCUGGGCACGCCACUGAUCAUGUUGAAUUAUAAUAGUCAAUACUUAUAUUUAAUAAACUAUAUUCACAUCACGAGUUAAUGAAGCGUCAUAAUAGUGAGCUGUGCAAGGUUAUUUAGUAUGAAUUCCGCUCUUAUUUUAAAUCGUAAUUAUUAUAACCGAAGACACAUAGUGUUUAUUUUUCUUAAUUUUUCUUUGUUGCCAAACUGACGACGUUAGUGUUUACGACGUCUAUUAUUGUUAACUAAUCAUUAUAAAAUUUCAAAAGAAGGACCUAGGAAACAAUUUAACAUUAAAUACUAAUAUUAUAACAACAUAACAAUACGGACUACUAACUACGAACAAUACUAUAAAGCCUAGAAAUUUAGUCACAUAUUCUACAUAUUUUACUUAUUCGAUAGGUUCUAUUUUACAUUGUAUAACAUGAUUAUUCCUCUUUUUAAAAUAUUCAGUGUUUUAGUUAAUUGAUUUGGGAUGUAGUGGUAUGAAGCAAAAAUAAAAUGGCUUAUGACAUGAGUAAUUUUUGGUAUCAAACCGAAAUAAAAUGUAUAGGGGCAUUAGUUAUUUAUAGUAGAGCACUUUUUGUACUUUUGGAGGUAGCCGCCUCUGUAAGCAACAUGCAUGUUGCAAUAUUGUAAUAUUUUUCAAAUCGUAUUGUUUUUCCACAGGCCAACACUCCAAAUCCCAUUGUCACCUUGUCAGUGAUCGUCAAUCUCGACCAACUUGAAGAUCCUCAAAUAAAACCGAAAAUACGGACUUUGACACCACCACCAGUUUUCCAGUAUACCGAGUAAGCAUAUUUUGAUAGACACAAGGCUCGACUUGAAGGGGGCUUUAGAAAAUGGAGUACCUUAAUUUAUCUUUCAAAAAUGUUAGCGUAUUUCUAUUAUAAUUUAUGUGUGAAAGGCUGAAAGAAUGAUACAAUUUUAUUUUUUUAUCAACAUUUUUUUUUAAAAUUAGAAUUUGAACUUUAAAAGAUUAUAAAAAAAUCACUUCAUUAGGUUCAUUUAACUUUUUUUUUUUACCACUAAUGCAACUAAUGAUCAAUUUUAGAACAUUUUCGCUGAGCCAAAACAAUUUUAUUGAUUGAAACCAUAUAACAACUAAACAUCUCGGUAAUUUCAGAUGCUUAUAAAUAUUUCAAAAAUUGCCAGAAUGUUUUAAAAAUGAUUCAAUAUCUAGAAAAAACUAAUGUAACGUGUAUACAAAUAUUCAGUGAAAUAUUCGGUCUUCACAAUUAUUCUAUAAUGAAUUAUAACAAAAAAACAAAAUCGAAUUCAACCGAUACCGUUACUAUAUAAAUAUUCCAGUUUUCCAGAGGUUUUUUUUUUCAAUUUUCCCCUAUCAUUAAGACAAAUGUAAGUCAUGUAAUAUCAUUCUUAGAAAACCAAAUAGACAACAUUUUCUUCAAGAAACAACCCCUAAAGUUGAUAACCGUAGUAAGAUUUAUGAUCAAAAAGUUGUCUACAAACAGAAAAAAUAUUAAAAUACAUUAUAGUAAAACUAACAAUUUCCUUACUAUGUAAGUAUCUAAAAUAAAUAGAAAAUUAAGCUAAAACUUAAUCUAUGCUAUAUAUGAGGUAUGCAAUACAUGGGUUAUAAGUGUUUUGUUUUUUUUUUUUUUCUUAAAUCAUUAAACUGUGAUUGGAAAUUGGGUAGGUGUAGGAGGUGAAUCUGCUCACGGGUUGUAUUGAGUUAAAUAAUUGCAAGGGAUAUAAUAAUUAUUAAGUAUUAGGUUAAGUUUUAUAAUCCAGCUCCAUUUAUAUUUCCAAUUUGAGCACUGGAUGGACAUAUGAAUAAUAUACGUUAAUAAUAAUAAUAAAUUUGAUAUUAUUCGUGUUCGAUAGCGAUUAUUAUUUCACGGCAGUUCAGUGGGUGAGCGCCGGGGGCGCCGGCGCCGGAUUACUCAGUCAAGAUGAUGAUGAAAAUAUGCCGGGUGCUUCAGUAGCCGAAAUAUGCGUCGUGUGGCUGAAUCGUGCUCAAAACACGAGUAUAACGACACUGUGCAAAUCGCCGUUAUGGAUGUGUCAGGAGGUAACGUAUACCAGUUUUCCCAUUUACAAUAAUUUCCAAUAAUGCGUGUCUGUAAAAAAAAUGUUAGCAAAACAUCCUCCCCUUGGAUACUAAAUAAGAAAUUCCCAGAGAAAUAAUCCGGUUUUAGACUUUUACACAACAGAAGAACACAAUUAUAAUCAGUAAAACAUAUUGCAUAAUGAACACGAUGUUACUUUUAAUCCAAAGUUAAUAUAGUCUAUUUUUGUAUACAUUUAUUUUUAGAAAUUCACUUUUAGAAAGUUCUGGAGCUCCUGAGCCGUGCGUAUUUUAAUUUUGAGACAUUUUAGUUUUACCUAAUCCGUCAACACCAUUAUGCUUUCGGCAUCAAGGCGAGGGAAUACAGUGAGGUAAUGAACAAUUAAAUUGCAAAUAAAGGAGUUGUGUCAUGACGUGGGCGAUCAAUUUUGAGUAUAAAGGUCGUUCACGUCAGUCAUUUUUUUUUUUUUUUUUUUUUUGACAUGCUUUAGCCGCAGUUAAACCCAAUAGCUAAUUAGGUAUACAAAUAGAAAAUAAAUGUAAAAUAGAAUGCACAUUACAGAAAAUAAAAUUAUAAUAAUUAAGUGGCAUUUUUCCAAAACUUUGUGUCCAAGUAAAGGAAAUAUCCACAAUAUCGGAUUGGAAAAAUUUCCAUUCAUGUUCUUUAGUAUCAGACUGAUAGGUCAAAUAUUGAAUUCGUCACCUCAAUAACCUUUAAAGAUACCUAAAUAAUGAAGUUCUCAGUACCAUUUUAUUAUCACGAGUACACGUAAUAAACAUCAAGGGUGAGUCCAAGGAUAGAAAAAACGUCGUCGGAAAUUAUUUCUGACAACACCAAUCGAUUCCCUGCUAUUUUCACAAUACGAGUCAAUGUCCAACUCCAUUUUUAAAAAAGUUGAUAACAGAACGUUUUGCAUGUCAUGUCUCAAUUCAGAAAUAAUGGUUUUUCUGUCCCCUUCCUCACGUCGAAUGAUAAUAUUGAUAAUAAUGACAUAAUUAAAUUAAUUUAUUUAGCUAUUACAAUAUUUUUAUAUUUUUUCCUCGAUUAAAAACCUCUUUUUUUCUGACGAACCUAUAAUUUGGAUAUUUAUCUACAAAUUUUAAAUAUCAUUAAAUAAAAUGUAUUUAUGCAGUUUUACAAUAAUAAUUUAUAUUGAUAAUAAUGUAAGUUUGUAAAUUUUAAAUUUUUUCCUUAUCCACUUAGACAUUGAGUAUUUUUAAUUUUUUUACCGCUAAGGAGUUCAAAAAAAGAUUUGUUCCGGGCAUCUGAAAGUCUAAAUCCAGCCCUGAAUAUCUGGGUUGAAUAAUUGGAUCUGUCAGCCUUCUUUGACAAUUUAAUUACUGUUAUUCUAGUAUGAUCAUUUUAAUCGUACAAUAAUUACUUUUUUAAUAAAAACAAUGAUUUAUUUUUGUCAUACAAAAUAUAUGUUCUGUGCAUAAUACAAAAUUAUUACAUUCACGUUCUACAAUAAUUAAAAAUUAAAUAAUGCUUGAAAGUAUAAGUUUAUAGGUUGAUAACGAGUAUAUUAUUAUCUUCGAUAUGUAUUUAAACUAAAACUUUAGCCUAUUUAGAGAUUUUUUUAAUUUAGAUUGCUAUUAGAAAAUCAAUGGGGUGUAAAGGUUUCAAACACAAAAAUAAAGAUAAUAUCAAAUAAAGAUAAUGUAACAUUUUAGAGCGACUCGUUUUUGAAUUUUUCUGAAAACAAAUUAGGAAAAAUGUAUUAAUUUUCGAGAUAAUGAGUAUCGUUAGGUUAAUCGAUCUGUGUGAAAUAUUUAAAAAAAAAAAAAAGGAUUAUGGAAAUCGUGGGUACGCUGUAUCGUAACUAGAACAAAAUAUCUAAGGUAGGAGGAUACUAAUCAUUUUAAAUAUAACCUGUUAUUUUUUAGAGUGAUAAAAUAGGUACAGCAAAAUAACCUAAAAAUAAUCACCAAACCGAAAUUUUUUAUUAGAGAGGCGCGUUCCUUUACAUGGGCCUAUUUGUAGAAAAGCUGCAGCUCUCCUAAAAUAUCUGGAAAAUGGUGGUUUCGAAAAUUAUUAGGGUGCGCUUUGAUAUUAAAUUACACGUCAACAAUAACCGAUAAUCAGCGGAAAUACUGUAGGUAAAUAAUGCCGUUAUAAGGUUUUGUUAACCGUUUACACUAUACUUUUCUGCUUAAAGAGCAACUAAAUAUAAGCAACUAUAUAACUUUCAACGGUAUGUAGGGAGCUCGAUAAAUUAGAAUAGUGGUUAUAUCGUUAGGGUUGACUAACAUUUUUUUUUACAUUUUUUUUUUUUCUCAAUUACGUUUAAAAAUAUACAUAAUAUGCCUAUGGCAUGAGAUUAUUAAAGGGGCGUUUGUUCAGAAUCAUUGUAUAUUACUUGGAAUCAUUAAACAAAAUAUUAUGAAAUAUUCUUGGAUUCAUAUUGGUCUAUUAUAUUCAGUGUUGGGAUUAGAUUAGUACUUUUUAUCUAAAUAAAUAUAAAGAUUAUACGACAAAAAUUAUCUAGGUAAAAAAAAAGAUUAAAUUUUUUUAAUACCUACUUAAAAGUUUUACUUUUUGAGAGCACACCUUAGUACUUAAAUAUUAUUUAAACAUCGGCCAUAUGUUUAAAUUAAUGCUAGUAGUAGACAUUAUUGUUUGUCAAUAACGAAACUAAAACUGAAUAAACAUUUUCAAAAUUAAGUAUAAAUAUAAUAAAAAAAAAAUAUUCACGAUUCGUCACAGUAAAUUUUAAUUAUUAUGAACCUUCACAACUGUUUUAGUAUGUACUAGAAGAUAUACAAUUAUUGUUAUAGGGUAAAGUACAUGCAAUAUCAUUUACACUAUGCGCAUUGCAUAUGUAUAUACUAUACAAUAAAUAAAAGAACACUUUAUUUGAUGUUAAGAUAAUGAUAAUAUAAUUUAUGCACAGUUAAUAUGAAUUAUUUAUUAAUAAAAUAUUAAAAGUAUUUAAAUAAUUAAUUAUUAAAACGAUAAAUUGACAAUAAAAAUGUACAGUUUUAAUAUAAUAUAUAUAUAUAUAUAUAUAUACAAUUAGUAUAGAGUCGAAUUUAUUUAGAUAGAUUAAUUUUUCAUCUUAGAUAAAUAAUUAGAUAACUUUCAACUAUUUACCUAGAUAAUUUAUCCAUACUAGUCUCAAAACAUUUAUAUCGUUAUGUUAUUCCUAAUUAUUUUUUUCUAACGGAAUAUUGUUGGACAGAUUAAAAUCGACGCAUUGUGUUGCAUCAUCGUAGAAUAAAAUUAGUCAAAUUUUACUGUAUCGUUAUUCUUUCAGUUUAUUCUAUAAAUGAGUCGGCGCUGACUUGGGGAUAAGUGUAUAUUAUCAUAUGUACCACCUCUUCAUUUCAGUUUAAUAAGAAUAAUCAAUAAUAAUAUCCAACUAUUGUGUGCAUGUUUCGUCAAUCUACAGCACUAGUGCAAAUUUUUAAUUGUCAUGUUUCACCAGCAAAACCAAUGCGCACUGCAUUGCCUACUAUAUGUAUUUCAUAUAAACGCAUUAAAACACUCUUCUACACCGAGUAAUAACCUCACGUGCUCGAUUGAUAAGAAUUUGGCUUUGAGAGGUAUUAUAAUUUGUUUCAUUAAUUCAUUAACCUAGGCCAGUAAAUAAAGCAAAAAAAUAGCUUACUUAGGUACUUUAUCACACUAUAACGAAAACCACGACGAAACCGUUAAGAAAAUAAUUAUUAUUCCCUCAGAUUAGGGACAUAACUACGGUCAUAAUUUAUAAAUAAUGCAUGUAACCGCACGUGCUAACUACAUUAACCACAUGUUCAAAUAAGUUUACAUUUCAAAAAAACACUCCAGAAAGCUUUUUAUUUAUAGGCAAUAUUAAUGUAUGAUACACAUUUAUAUAGUUUAAAGAUUUUAAUGAUUUAUGCAAUAUUUAAAAAAAAAAAUUGGCUAAAUCUAUGAAGAGCAUUAAAAAAACUCUAGUCCAUUCCACUGGGACUUUUAGUAAAAUUAAUUAAACAUUCUAAUUAAGUUUUUUUUUUCACAGUCGAAAUUUUUUCCCGUUAUUUUUCCUUUAUUGACUGGCUUAACCAUUACGCGGUCAGCUUUCUAGUACGAUAAUCCAUGAACCGAUCGAAUGCGACUGGAUGUAGUGACAAGGCAACUCGUACAUAUAUUUUUCGAACCGCUUCUUAAAACCGGUAACCAGUAAAAAAAAAGCAAUUUUUUUUAACCAGCUAACAUGGAAUACACGAUACUUAUCCGUAUAAAGACAAUCAGUUACCGGUAUUAAACGUAGCUAAAAUUUACGGCAGUGGUGGUCGGUUCUCUGAAAUAGUUUUAUUAAUGGUUUUAAACCUUGACAAUUUUUUUCGAGCUCCCACUCCUCCCAUCUUUAAAAAUACGCUCCAAAUCUAACAAAAAACUGCUGUGCUCUUGAUUGAUAAUAAUAUAUGUACAAUUAUCGUGUGUCGUGUACAGACCCAAGUGAUCAACGUGGCAGGAGAUGGAAGCGGUGGUGACGGCGCGGACGGAGCGCAGGGGAACAACGGCAACGACCAUGUGCGUCGUCGGUACCGGCGCAACGGCAGUGGCCCGUUGCAAAAGCCGUCGCCGUCGGACACGUUGCGCAGAUCGCCGACUAACAAAAACAACGCUUCGUCGUCCCAUCGGCAAGACGAGCAGCUGCACCACCGCCGUCAACAACACCAGCAGCACCAGAACGGUCACCACAGUCGCCGGCGCCGAGCCGGAGACGUCAACGGCUCCGGCACCGAGGGGUCGAGAACACGGUACGGCGGAUGGGUGGACGCCACGGUCGGCGGUGCAGGCGGCGGGGUACCUUCCACCGGUGGCGGGAUCAUCGACGGUACGCACACGGUUUGGCCGACUUCGGAGACCGCCACGUGGUGGUCGGCCGCGACCACGCCGGACGACAAAGAGAACUUCGUCGGCGACGACGGAUACACGAGCGUAGCCGGCCCGGGUAACGCGAUCACCGCCGCCGGAUACGUGGCAGCCGCGUUGGUCCGGAAGGGCUGGGAGACGGGCGACAAGGAGCUGACGCCCCGUGCGCCGGUGUUCGCGGCGGACGGCCGGGGAUACGUGAGCGUGGCACCGGUGCGCGACGACGAACACGACAAAGACGACUUCGUCGAAGGGGGCGUGCGUCUACGGCGGCCGUCCCCGAAACCAUGGCUUAAGAACGGCAAACGUUACCAAUCGCCGGUCGUCAAGUAUUACGCGCAGGUGGUGGCCGUAAACAUAACGAAAAAGCUGUUCGCGCCGCUGACGUUCGGAGAAAUGGAGAGUGGCGGCGACGACGGGAAUAACGGGAAGGACAGAAAAAAGAAAAACGAAAACACUAAGAGUUGGACAGUGGUCAGGAUUUUGUCGUGGGAUCAACGCACUGACAUGAUGUAAGUCGUCGUUCCACGUGUUAUUAAUUAUUAAUAGGGUACGGAUUUAAAUUCUCUAAAAUAUAAUAAAAACGCCUGAAAAAAAAAUACAAUUUAAUGCACUGAAAUAAAAAAAAAAAAAAAGGUAGAAAAAUGCUCUGUAAAUUAUUUUAAACGUUGAGAAAAACGUUUUUUUUUUUUUAUUAGGUAUAUACAUUUGCUAACCACAAUACCGUAAAAUACGGUAGUGCAAUACGACUACAUUACAACUCGAUAAAUGGCUUAUUGUUUCAUAGACCUCGCUAUUUCACCUAAAGUUAACAUGCGUUUCUACAAAACCGUUAAUUUGAUAAAUCCGUGAACACGUAUUUUAGUAUUUUAAUAUUCUCGUUAGACCCGUACCGUCGGUAAACGUUUUAAAUCAAAAAUGAAAUUAAUUAAAUUUAUGCGAAAUCCUCAACGAAUUUAAUACGAGUAUUUGGUACAUUUGUACAUUUUAACGACGAAUUUCAAGCAAAUCAAAAACGGACGCGACAUACCGCGAUUUAUCAAAAUGAAAUAUGUAAAUAAUAAAUUACGAAUGAAAAAUGAUGCGUAAUAAUUGUAACACGAUAACGUGGUCUUAAUAAAUACAAAAAAAAAAAAAACGAAUAAUGUACGAACGAUUAAACAGGUGCAACGAAAACAUGCACGUAACAAUAAUACUAUGAUGGUAUUAAAUUUCUGUUUCGGUAAUAUAAGCAAGACCCGUGCAUACGUAAACAACACUAAAACACGUGUACGCGGAUAUUAAAUUCACGUGUAUUAUUAACUAAGCGUCUUCACGUAUAAUUAAUACGUAUAUUAACGUGUUUUUUUUUUCGUCAUUUUGAAUUUUAAACGGUUUUAUACCUAAGCAUUUUUCAAUCGUGAAAUUUCUCACGAUCGUGUUUCACUUAAAAACUAAAGUUAACGAAACAAAACGACUGGACGACACAGAUAAUGUUAACAUCUAUAAGCUUGAUAACAAGUCAAUUCAUUCUAAUAUCAAAACUAAAGGCACGCUACUUGUCCCUGCUGAACGAAAAUUUCCUGUCGUUGUAUUUAACUAUACCGAGCAACAUGCGAAAACAAUGGUUACGGCAGACCGGUUGAAACCGGCUUGAUUUUGAUUUCGGAGUAAAAGUAACGAUAUGAAAUUUACAGCGAAGAAUAUUUCGGAGGAAAUCUUAUCGAGUUUUUGUUUUAUUGUCGUAGAUGUACAGUUUGAUAAAAAAAAAAAAAAAAAAGGCACACAAACCUUUAUAGUUUUUUUUUUAGAAAAAACUUAAUAAGUUCCAAAAACACCUACGACAUUUCUUCCUGAUUAUCGUUCUCUAUAAAUUUCAUAAAUAUUGCACGGAUGUUGCAGCAGUAAAAAAAUAGUAAAAUUGAUUGCAGUAUUGCACUAAAAAUACCGAAAACUGGACUAAAAUAUUAAAAAUUGCACUAAAAAAUCACAAUUUGUUUACUAAAGUGGAAAUAGUUGGCAUAAUUUUCGACGUAUUUACAAAACAUUAACAGAACAUAAUUGCUCAAAAUUCACGGAGUGACUGAAAACAGAUUACAGUAGUCAAACAGUCACAAUUCACAAAUUAUUUUUGUAUUGUUUAAAGAUAAGAUAUCAUUAUUAGAUUUUAUGUCUCGUGAUAUUAUAGUAUAAUAUUAUCUAUACGAUUGUUGACUAUUGUUAAAAUAGUUGUAUAAACAAAUGAAUUCAACAAAAUUCCGAAAAUUGUAAAAAAUUGCCCUUAAAACUUCUAGAUUUAAAUUUGUACCUACAUGAAACGUAAUUAAAACUUACUUAUCAAUAAAUUGAGAAUAUAGAAAAAAAGAUACAUAUGCAACAACAUCCGUGUCCUAUUCAUGAAUUAUUGGUACUUUUACUCUAAAAUUGAAAUCAAGCUAGGUUUACUUGGUCCGCGUAUGAGCAUUGUCACCAGGGUAGUCGGGCGGAGACGGCACGCAUGCUGUGAGUGCGGCGUGCUCCUCUUAAGAGGACGUUACACAUGCAUUAAAUGCAACAACAAAAUGUGUUGUUUUCGUCUUAAAAAUCACAAAAUAAUAUAGUUAAAACAUGUUUACGUAGAUUACACAGAACUCGGUUAGUUUCGGUUUUAGAGUAAAAGCAUAUAGAAUAAAAUUAGUAGAGAACAAUAUUCCGAAAGAAAAAACAUUACGUUUUUUGGAAAACAUAUUUUUUUUUUUUUUGAAGUUAAGGCGAAUUAGAAAAAAUCGUUAAAAAAAAUCGUUAAUAAUAAACGGUAAAUCGCUGUUAUAUUCGGAGAAAAUUAAAAAAAACGCAACGUCUUGCUCUCCGGAAUAUUGUUCUCUAUUCAUUUCAUGAUAAGUACUUUUCUUCUAAAACCAAAUUUUAGAAGAAAAGUUCAUAGAAUUCUAUGUUAUCUGUGUUAGCAUGUUUUAACUCCCUAUAUCUACUGAUAAUAAUCGAGUUUGUAAUUUUCAAUAUAUUUAUGUAAUAUUGUCAUUUGUUAGCUAUUAAAUAAGUGUACGUUUAUUAUAAAAUUCGUUUUUCUUUUUCUAUUUUGUUAAAUAAUUAAUAAUUAAUAAAUUUUUAUAUCUAUUGUAAAUAUUCAUUGAUAAAAACCGCACUCUCAGCACAAGCAGGGCAUCUUGCAGUUUGGUCCCACAAGAUAACAGUCAGAUUUAUUUCACAGAAUGAGCGCUUAAAUCGGAGGGCCAAAAGCAGUUAUCUUAAAAAUAAUAAGAAAAAACAAAAAAAUAAUAUCUUACACCAACCGAAAAAAAUGUUAAUUAUUCCAUAUAAUAAAUUAAUAUCAGUUUUUGUGUCAGCCUAUACUGAAAUUUAUUUAUUUGCUUUAUCAUCGACACGAGUUAAAUAAUUUUUUUAGCAAAAUAUAAAAAUUUAAUUCAAACUUAUAUACUUGUAGUCUUUAUCCCUGCAAUCAGUGUUAAUAUUAGAACUUUCGGUUCACAGAACUAUUGAGUUAAUAAUUUAAUACUGUUAUUAUUGUAGUUGCAUAUCUGGCUACCUAUACUAAGGUACUAUAAACAUGUUCUUUAAUGCCCUGCCUAUACAACCCUAAUCUGAAAACUGUAUCUAAUAAUUUUGAUUUCAAAGGCAUACAAAUCUUAUAGUCAGUUUAUUCAAUGUUUAUCGAAAACAUUUUUCUUGUCAUUUUCUAAAUUUACCACAUUCACCAAAAUGUAUAGUACAAUCAAUGAUUAUACAAAUAAUAAUAAUAAAUAAUAAAUGGUAGCAAAAAAAAAAUAAUUAUCAUUAUGGUAAUAGUCUAGGGAUUUUAGGUUUAAGUGUUGGUCAAUUUGAUCUGAAAAAAUUUCUUUUUUUUUGCAAUCACUUUAAAGAGAACUGCUAUGGGCUCUAAAUCGGAGCCGUCCGAAAAUGCAAGAGUACCAGCUUUGAAAUAUAAAAAUUCCCGUUUUAAUUAUGUACCUAUCACAAAAAUAAUGUAACGUUCUAAUGUAAAUUAGAAUUAUAUUUAUACAUAUUUUAUGCAACUUUUUUUGUAGCUCUAAAUUUUUAAGAGUGUCACAAAAUAAAUACUAGAUAACAAAGAAAAACGAAUUAUGUAUUAUACUGUAUUUAUAUGACUACUGAUCAAGUGUUAAUAAUUUGUAGGUAAAGUUUAUACUUAAUUUUAGAACGAAUUGACUUGUUACCAAAUUCAGAAGUAAGAAUAUUAUCGACCAAACGGAUAGAUUUUGGAUAAAUAAUAUACCUUGUCCAGGAGCAAGGUGAUACAUUUAUAAACUCCAAAUUCUUACCAGAACUAUUUAUAAUUCCCGAUGGUUGGUAAUAAUUUGUAUAUUUUUUUUCUUCUUUAUUUGAGUUUAGAGUUCCAAUUCUUAAUUUCGGUUAUCAGCUAAAAUUUCUUAUCACGAGGCCGUAUUCUGAUAACGAAGCCGAACCGACCCUAUUCCGCACAAGCAUAUAGCUUAUAGAGAGCGCUGCGAUAUUUGAAAAUGAUUUUGUUGAAUUUCCGUGUAGACGUGUAGAUAUUCUAUUAUUGCAAUUCUAUUAUUAUUAUUAUUAUUAUUAUUAUUACAGUCGAAUCCGCUUUAUUGGGACACAUCGGUUGCAUUUUAUUUUGUCCCAAUAAUCCGAAAUACAUAAAUGACAUACAUUUUUUGAAAUUGUUUUACUAGUGACUUUAUUUAAAUUUUUUAUUACAUUGCAAAAAGAAAAACACGGUAUUAUAACUUAGUUAUUUAUAAAAAUACAUACAUACAUAAUUAAUAUAAAGUACAUAUAUACACAUAUAUAAUGUACAUUGUAUUUUAUGUUAUUUAAAAACACUAUGAAUAUUACUUUGUUUCUUGCGUAUUAUUNCAUCCAAAGCAAUGAUGGGGCAUUCAACGAAUUCAACGAAAAGGAAAAAUUUCCUUUGUGAACAUACGAUAAGAUAAAAUUUAAUCUAAUAAACGAUUACGCGAGUCGGUCGCGAUUUUCGAAUUACUGAUCUAUUAAUAUACUCGAUAAAAAUGUCCCAAUUAUCCGAAUUCGUAGCCCAGAUAAGCGGUGAACGUUUACCCUACAAGUAUACAUUUGUUUUCGUAAUUGAAGAAUUGUCCCUAUUAAGCGGUUGUCCUUAUUAACCGGUGUCUCCAUUAAGCGGAUUCGACUGUACUAUAAAAAGCGUGUGUAGCAUCCUGUUAAACGACGAUCGUUUGUGCGUUUUCCAGAUACUUCUUGGCCGUGCCGUCGGGUCGCGGAGCCCCGCACCACCGUCACCUGUACGCGGUAAAGUACACGCCCGUGGACGCUUUGUCGGCCACGAACGUGGACACGAGCGGCCGCACCGUGCACCACCAUCAGACCCGAAAACCGGUGCGUCACGUGGCUCGCAGCCGGCCGAUAUGUUUGAGCUGCGACGCGCAACAGUCCGCGGCGGACGGAGCGCUCAAGCGCGAACGUCGCGAAUUCGGCGGCAAACAGGACCGGAUGGACGAGGCGCGGGACGAUCGGCUGAGACAGCAACAACGGGAACGGUGGGAACACAAGCAGGACGACGAGGACGAUGUGGCCACGGCGGAAGGUAAGAUAUUAUUAGUCGAUACGGAUUUCACGGACAGAGUUUCGCCGCGUGCGCGAAUUUACCGAAUCGCGUUUUCUAAAAUUUUUGUUUGCCCCUCUCCCCCCCCUCCUCUCUGCUUCGCCUCACUCCAAUCCACACUCUCGAUCCCCGUACAGAAGCCGAACGUCGUCAGCAACAGGACCGUCGCCAGGAACGCGAGGAGAACCGCGGCGCGAUAAGACACUGCACGUACUACGACGCCCAAUUCUCCCGGGACGGCCGGAAUUACGCUCUGAUAUGUCUGGGUCCGUCGGUGCCGUACGUCACGUUGCACCGGAUCGCGGCGGACGUCGACGGCGACCGCGACACCAACGGCAGUAAAACCGGCGACCGGCUCCGCAGCGUACCGCACAACGCGCACAAACAGCUCAACGAUUCUUCUUACGCAUACGAUUUCGUAGCCCUUCUGGAGAACAACACCCGUCUGCAGGUAACGUCUCGGGAUCGGGUUUCAAUAAUAAUUUAAAUAAUAAUGUGUAACGUUCAUUAUCCGAAACUAUUUUCCGCAGGACAAGUACACGAAUCAAGUGUUGUUGCCGGGCACCAGGACGUUCCAGCUAAGGCUUUCCGGCGGCCGCAAACUGACCACCGCGGGCGGUUUGCAUUUCAACGACCCGCUGUCCGCGGCCGACUAUUACAGUAACGGCGGCGACCUGGAUCAACAUUUCACCAACAGAAAAGGUCCGGACACGGAUCCACUGACCGUGGCCCAAGUCAGAUUGUAUCUUCCGCUCGGCGUUUACGACCCCGAAGCGGAUCCUCGUCCGGAAUUCAUGCCGAAUCGUGCCGGUAACUCCGGCGCUUCCCCUGCGGGCAAAACCAACAAAAAAAAUUCCGGGGAUUCCGCUCGGGCCGGCGGCAGCUCGACGUUCGCGAACGGCCGCCGCCGACAGAAGCGCUCGUCGUUUUCACCCGAUGACGACGCCGACGACGGCGGUGACGGAUCGAAACGGCCGAGGAGAAAACACGAGCGGCUGCGCCAUCGCCGGAUCAGGAAACUGUACCCCAUGCUGGUGGUGGUGCACUCGGACCCGGGAUCGCAGGCCAUCACCGACCGAUUUUCCGACCGACUGGGCUAUACGACGGGGUUGCUGGUUUCCGGAGCGUUCGGCAAAACGGGCGCCGGCGGUCUGGACGUGGCGAGCGCGAGAUACGGCGGCGCCGCCGAAUGGAACCGCCGUAGACCGAGGAAACGCCGGGGCCGCCGGUCCUCGGGAGUCAGGUACUACACGUCCAGGUACUCGGACGGUUACGAUUACGAACAAAACGACGCCAGUCAAAACAACGAGUACGUCGUGGCCGUGGUGGACCCGGGCCGGGGCACGUGGGCUCGGGGAUACGAAUCGCUUUUGGCGUUAAACUACGGCGACAAGACCGACGGAUUCGGCGAAAACAUGAACGGCGACGGACCGGGCGGUGUGCUCGGCACGUCCGAUAUCCGUGAUCAACUGGAGGCGGUCGAGUAUUUGCUCUCGAGCGCCACGUACACCGGGAAUGGGAUGAACGAUGAUGGACAAGGCUAUUACACCGAAGAUCUUCCCAGAGGAGGCCGUCUGAGCCGCGAUCGUCCCAGAUGGAUCCCGUCCGUACCCAUGUUAAACAGAAGGUACUAUAGCGACGAUGACGAUUAUCUCGACGCGGAAUACGACGACAAUCAUAAAAACGAUAACGACGAUUAUUACUAUUAUUACUAUAGCAACGGGGAAGAUUAUAACGACUACGCGGGCGUCCCCAGGGAAAAUGAAUACAAGGAUGACGACGGGGGCGAAAACAGCCGCGGCAGAGGUCGCAGAAGUGCCGGAAACUCGGAAACGCUCCAAUUGCCAUACGUGGACGCGAACAGAGUGGCGUUACUGGGCGGUGGUCCGACGACGCCAUCCACCCCGCCGUCGGUAUAUGGGGGUUACGCCACCGCCCGGAUGGCACUGUGGCAAACCAUUUACGGGGGUGCGCCCAUCGAGAAAAAAAAUGACAAAAUGCCCGAGGACGAGAACAGAAAGGAGCCCGUAGCGAUCCACUCGUCGUUUAAAUGCGCCAUAACCAUGGCGCCCGUGUAUACUUGGCGGCUUUAUGGUAAGUACAAUCAUUACCAAAGUGUUAUUGUUCAUGUUUAAUGUUCCGUUGACGACUCCAACGGGUUAUUAACAAGCUUAGAUCUUCGGUCUUUGCAGACCGAAGGGAUUUUGCUGGUCUCGUUUAUUCGUCCUGUCAGUAAAUAUUCUCAAAUACUAUGUGAACAUAAUAUAUACGUGGUGAUUUAUAAACAUUUUCUUUUUGCAAACUUAAGAAACAAAUAGUUUUGAAAUGUUACGUUAUUAUUUAGUUUGUCACCUUUAUUUUGUUUUUUUUUGGGGGGGAGGGGUGAAAUCACUACAUACUUUUGAUUUUCAAAUGGUAACCUACACUAUAAAUUCUAUAAAUAGAUGAGAGUAUUAAUUAAAAUACAUUUUGGCGUUGACAUUUUUGAUUUCCGUCUGUCUGUUGAAAAUAUAUUCCACUAUUAAUUUUGAGUCGAGGGAUUGACAAAAACCAAAAAUUUCCAAAAUUUAUUUUAUUCUCGUCUGUUUAUAGUAUUUAUAGUUAAGGUUACCAUUGGAAAAUCAAACUGAUUUCAUUCACCCUCUGAAAAUAAGGGUGGCAAACAAAAGGAUAACGUGAAAUUUUAAAGCGAUUUGUUUCGUAAGUUUUCAAAAAAAAAAAAAAUUCUAUAAAUCACCACGUAUAUAUUAUGUUCACAUAGUAGUGUAUCCAAACGGAUACAAAUGUAUGGUACAGAAGUUUUUUAAUUCAUCAAUAUCUAAAAUAAUUUGUAAUUUUAUUUUACCGUCUUCUACGGUGGUUUCGGGGGUGUCGAAUUUUGUAAUUCAAACGAGAACCUAUAUUUGAAAUUUCAUAAAAAUAUGGAAUGUUAAUUUGAAUACAUUUUAGCGUCGAAAAUGUUUGUUUUCUUGUCGACGAGAUUUUACACUUUUCAGUAUAGGCAGUGGGAGAGUAGUGGAAUAGCUCUAUUCAAACGUCGUGGGCAGAAUUCGUUUAGAGUCUAAAUUUAAGACUAAUUUUUCUGAAACACAAUCCGUUUGGACCAAUUUUGAAGACUUGUUUGGGCUAAAAAAUACUAAUUUUAUACAGCCUCUUUGGACCAGAAUUUUCCUUAUAUCAGUUAAACUGAAAGUUUAUUUAGCGAGUAUUUAUAUAGUAGUAUUUUAUCUGUAUUGCAUUAUCUUAUAUAAGACCUUGAUACACAGACAUCUUUUAUAUGAAGAUAUUAGAUAUAGGUAUAUAUUUAAUAUCACUGAAUUUUUCGUAUGUUUCAAAACUAAAUUUAUACAUAGAGAUUGUAUGUAAACCUAAAUAAUUUACUUAUUACUUUAUUUAAAAAUCAGUUUAACUGGACGUUUAUUGAGCGAGCCUUUAAAGAAAUUUAAAUAUAUUGGUCCAAACAGGUUUACUAAAUCCUGAUCCAAACGGGUUGCAGUUUUAUUAGUGGCCCAAACUUCCUGGUCCCAACGCGCUUCGCCCCAUGCCGUGCCUAGAGUUGGGCAAAAUUUUAUCUAGAUUAUUAUUCGAAUAAUUUGAAAACUGAUAUUUACUCGAAUAGUUUUCGUUUAUUUUAAUUGGUUAACCAUUACCAACCGGUAAUUCAAAAUACGUAAAUAUUAAAAAAAACAAUAGUUGGCCCUGUAAUAUAAGAUAUAAUCUAUUUGGCCCAAACAAUAUUUUUGUAUACAGCUCGAUAUUAUGUUAUAUAAAUUAUUAUUCGAAUACAUUUGCAUUCGAAUACUAUUUUAUUUUAAUAAUCAUCUAAAUAAAAUAAUUGUAUUUUAAUAAUGCCCAACUCCGGCUGUGCCGUCAAACAAGAGCCGCAGUAUUCGAAAAUGUAUUUAAACUAACUCUUCAUCUGAUUUAUGGUAUUUUAAAUAUAGGUUUCCAUAUGAAUAUCGAAAGUUGAUCCCUUCCUCCCUAGAAAAAAAAGACGGGAAAGAAAAAUGUACAAAUUAUUUUAGACGUUCGUAAAUCUAAAAACUUUUAUAUUUUACAUUUUUAUCUAUUUAACUGAUAACAUGAAACAUACAUUUUGAAUCGACCUGUACGCGGCGUUAAAGCCGCUACUCAACGAAAUCAAUCUUGUCGUUGAAAUCCGUCCAUGUAAAGGAAACGGCCUUUUCGUCCCCCAUCGUGAUAUACGAAAAUUAAUUGAUCACCGUUUCGGUGAUUUCGUGUAGUGGUCACUCGAAUUUGUUAUCAUGCAGUUUUUUUUGCAAUGCGGUCGACCGCUGUGUGUAUUGAAUAUAUAAAACACCAACUGCACUCUGCUAUUGUCGUAUCACUAUUUACAUUCGAUAUUCCCAAUCAUGCAUGCAUAAUUGUUGUCCGAUCGCUUUUUUUUUUUUUUUUUUAGAUUCGGAGCAUGACGAGGGAUCUAUUGAUAUUACUAUGAUGUGCGCUUUUAAUUUUUUUUUUUUUUUUCUAUCUGUAAUCGACUUCUCGAAAAGAAAUCUUGGUCUGGUUUAUAGAGUAUAGUACAUUUUCUGAAAGGAAUUUUUCUGUUUUCGGUGCGAUGGGUUUUCAAAAUAAUUGGGAGAAACCCUCGGAAAAUUAAAAGAAUGUCCCCCUCGAUGCACCAACUAGACAAACAUUCCUUUCAGAAAAUCUACUGUACUCUGCACAUCGGACCAAGAUGUCUUUUCGAAAAGUCGUUUAUAGAAGGAAAAAAAAUGAUAAUGUGUACCACACAUCGCAGUAAAACCAAUAGAUACACUACGAAUCCAAAAAAAAAAAAAUGAUAAUUAAUAAAAUAUCAUUAUGUUUGAACUGCUUGAUAUUGAUAUGGCAAAUAUUUAUAAAAUGAAAAUGUGUGUUAUUAAUAUAUUUAUAUAUGUUUGAAUUAUUUUAAAUCAUUACAAGGUCAUUCAAGGUUCACGUUAUAUGUGAACGUGUUAUACAAAUUAAAAACGAACAUUAAUUCUUCUCGGUUUUAAAAUGUAUAACUCAUUAAUAGCCUUGUCCAAGUUUAUUUCAGAUAUAGGUACGGCGAGGUUCAUCGUUUUAUGCCGGGUCGCAUCAAAUAUCUACGCAGUGAUAAACUCGUUUAUCUGGAGUUAAAAUAAAUUCAGUGGCAUAAACCGUGUUUUUAAUGUUAUCUAUUGAUAUACACGUACUUUAUCGAGAAUCAAAAACGCACUGCACAUCAUAGUCAAACCCAUAGAUCUCUCGCUACGUUCCAAAUCUAAAAAAAAAAAAAAAGAAAAAACGUACCCGAUUUAUGCGUAAUACGAGUAUAAUGUAUUUCAUUUUUAAACAUAAACAUUUUUAAUAAUUUGUUAGUGUAUAUUGUGUUUAUUUCAUAGCCGCGAGGGUUGAAUUUCCCCACUUAAAUUACAUUUAAAAACUAUAAGGAAUUUUCUAACAACUAUAAUAGUAGCUCUUUUUCAAGAAAAAAAAAAUCUAAUUUUGACGGAGUUGUAAAAAAAAAAAAAAAAUCAAAAAUAAUAUCUAUAACUCCGUCAAAAUUAGUUUUUUUCCCUUCGAAGAAUGAUAGUAGUAAGUCAAUUCCUACCAGUUAAAAUUAUUUUUUUUGAUAUACUGAGAAUUUAACAGCAAAUUAAAAUAUUUAAAUAAACGCGUGUAUUUUAAAUGGAAAAAUUCAACUCCUGCGGCGUGCCAUCCAGCGUCAAAAUAAAAAUCUGAACAAGUUUUUUUAAAAUUAGUUUUGAAUUGGUUUUUUCUCGGGUACAAAAAUAAAGAACGCCCUUAUAUACUCUUCCGAUAUCUUUAGCCAAUAUUAUUGAGCGUAAAGAGGCGAGUCAAUUUUGAAUGUGUACCGUCGCAAAAUCCAUUUUGGUUUACAGUCACACCGUUUUGAAUUUUUAACCAUUCUAAGCAUCCAAACCAUUUGGUUUGCCUAAAAUUAAAAUUCGAUUCAGCCACUGUCUUAUUCUCCUCUUAAAUUAUUUUUAACUGGCUUUUUCAUUUAGGAACUUUGAACUAAAAAAAAAAAACUCAAAUAACCAACGUACUUUUGCCAAAUAAAUAUAAAUUCUUUAUCAACAGUCAACAAUUAUAAAAAAUGCAUACAAUUUCACAACUGAAUAUACACAGGUGCCCUACAGUGUUAUUCUUAUGCUGAAAAUUCUGCCAAUAUUCGUUUUUUUUUUAUAUUUUUUUUCUAUCGGAUUUUGUGCGAGAGGAACAUAUAUAUAUAGAGACAAAUUUUAAUUUUAUUUUCUUCCCUUAAAUUGAAAAAAUAAUUACUUUUUAUUUUAUCAUUUUUAAAAUUUUCAAAAUUGCCGUUUUCUAAAAGACAAUUAUUCCCGAAAUUUCAAUGUUACAUACAAUCAUAUCCGAUCAACGGUUUCUUAGUAUUAGCCGUUUUAGUUUCUAAAAAAUUGAUGUGAAACAGAUAAUUUUCACCAGAAUAACAUGUUACAUGAUAAGAAAUUACAAUCAGCAUGGUAAUUCCUUUUUUUAGAAUCUUUUAUUGAAUAUUGAUUUUAUUCACGCCUUUUUUCUAUACAUUAAAACCAUUAUAACUGAGCAAAUUUUAAUCGGAUACACAUUAAAAUUGUUAGAACUAUAUAUUUUACAAACUUACUUCUUGGAAAAUCUUAAUAAGUUGACACGUUAAAAGCUAUUUUUUCGGUGAUUAAAUGAUAAAAAUAAAAAUUUAAUUUUUCUCUACAUAAGUUUGUGUUCCCUUUGCACAAAUCCCAAUUAAAAAAAAAUUAAAUAUUUACUGAGUUAUUAGUGUUAGGAUAACAAUGCAGAACACUCUAUACUAAUGUACAUAAAUCGGGAACUAAAAAUUAAAUGCAUUAUGCUUAUAACAGACGUAACUAGAUGCAAACAAAAGUUAUAUAUUUGAAAAACGGACAAGUUGUACAACGCACCUAUUCGCUAUUGAUCAUUUUGGAUAGCUUUCGAUCUGCAGUCUACGAUAGUUUAAAAAAAUAUAACAAAUAAGGAACACAUUACGUAUUCAAUUGAAAUUGAAUAUAUUUAUUUAUGAAAUAUGGACUAGCACUUACAGAGCCAAUUUUACCAAUAGGCUGAAAAGGCUAUAGCGUAGGGCGCCGUUCAUUGGUAGGGGGCGAAACAAAAACAUUUCUUUUUUCAUUGAUCAUUUUCGAAAUCGGAUCUCCUAUUUUUUGGGAUUUUUCUAAGGAAUUUUCUAACCUGACCGAGGAUAUUAGGUGGGCGAUCCUAGCCUACUGGUGGAAAAUUCAUUAAUCAGGCCCCGAUGUACUUACCUUUCUCGUCUAAUGCCAUAAUGAAAUACAAUAUGGUGUUGUAAAUUUUAUGAAAGUACCUUGAACACGGACAACAGAAAAAUGACAAGUUUUAUUGACUGAAUUCAAUAUCACGAGGAUUGAUAUAUAUAUAUAUAUUGUAUAGAUAAAAUACCAUGUAUUAAAUAUAACUUUUUAGCAUUUUUUUUUUAAAUUUGAUCCGCCUAAAGUUGGAUUUCCUACCACUGUGCCGCGACUCGUCUAAGAUUGUACAGUAUGCAUUAUAAUACACGCAGUAAUACAUAAGGAUAAUCUUUGUGAUUAAUCGAUUUUCGGAAUAAAAUAUGGUCGGACUACACGCAUGAUUAGGAUUAUUAAAUAUAAAAUAUAAUAAUACGACAAUAAAGUCGAGUGCGAUAAAUGUUUUGUUUCAGUUCACAGGGUGGUCGACCACAUCAGUCGAGAAAAGUUACACGAUGUCAAAUUCGAGUGAAAACGUGCGCGCAUCGUGAAAUAUCAUUUUUGUGUUUCAUGAUGUGUGAAUAAAGCGUUUGCUUUUCAUGAUAAAUCGAUUUCACGAGGUGGCUACGAAAUAUUAUUUAUACACAAUUUUUUAUAUAUAUAUAUGUUUUAUGUUUAUGGUUAAUAUUAUGUGUCGUGUACCUGUUUUAAAAUGUCGAUUAUUUUUUGUAGCGUCGGCAUUCGCUGAACGAUAUUACGGCUUUUAUGGGGGACAACACAGAAGUACUUGGAAAUCGUACGCCCAUUCGGAUCUAAUACCGGCUGCCUCGUCGUUGAACCAGUCGUCAUACUUGCCGUCUUCGUACGGAAAAGGAAUAAAUUUAUUAGUGGUACACGGAACUGCGGACACGACUAUACACCCGCAACAUUCGAUGAUGCUCGUCCGAGGGGUUAUACAACAACAGCAGCAACACGUAUCUAUGGAUCCCGAAAUGGGUAAAGUGAAUUUAACAGAACCAGCCGAAGAACCAGCCGUCGAUGAGCCUCGUAUCCAAAUUGGCUCCAUGAGAGUGUCACAGCUCGUUAUGCCGGAUGCAGACUUGAGCAAUUCAAGAAUGGCCACCGGCAUAGAAAACGGUUUUCCGAUGGAUCACCAUUACCAGAUGCUUCAUUCAGUUUACAGUCACGUCACACAAUAUUUAGGUACAGAAUGUUUUUCGCCGGUAACCGACGGAAACAUAAACCAAGAAGACAGUGACGGCCGACGUUUACGAAAACGUAGGAGGAGUAGGAGAAGAUGGAGAAUCAGGGAUCGAGAAAACCCCAAUGACCAACAACGGGAAGAAACGCAAGACAGCGACAUUGACAAAAAUGAUUCAAGCGAUAAUUCCGGUGGGAGGUUCCGUCGACACGAUAUUGAUAGCAGCCAAGAAACUUUGAACAAACCGGUGGCCGAAGACGUCGAGGCGGUUUCAAAUAUCAAGGCCGGCGCCCGUGAGUUUGGAGAUAAUAAUAAAACUAACAGUAUUAAUGGGGGGAGCAACAUCGCGAGUACCACUACUACUAGUCUUAAUAAUAAGAGGAAGGAAUCGCACGAAAUUGGCGGCGAUGACGAAGACGAAGAUGACGAAGAAAACGAAGAAAACGAAGGUGAAGACAGUGAUCGUUAUAAUGAUGAUGAUGGUGAUGAUGACGAUGAUGAUGAUGAUGAUGAUGAUGAUGAUGAUGAUGAUGACGAUGAUGACGAAGAUGAUUAUGAUGGAGAUGACGACGAUGAGGAAGAUGGUGAUGACGACGAUGACGAUGAUGAUGAUAACGGACAAUGUUGUGAUGAAGGUGAUGAGGAAAGCGACGGCGGUUGUUGCAAUGAUUGCUGCGACGAUUGCUGUGAUUUGUGAUGAUAAUAAUAUUAUGUUUGAUGGUAAUUGUUGCGUCUGAUUAUUAGUAAGUAUAGGUUAAUAAAUAUAGUUAGUUGUAUAGUAAAGAGAGAAAAGACGAAAAAUGAUUAGUGAUAAUCUUACACCAAGUUAGAUUAGGUUUUUUGAGUAUUUUAAUGAAAUUUUCGUUAGCGGUUAAUAAAUCGUGUUUAUCCUAUAAUGAUAAUUGUAUAUUAUAAUAGUUACUAAAUGAACACCAAUCAAUCAAAAUUGAACAAUUUUAAGACUUAUUUUAGACACACAUAUAGAGUUAUAUAUUAUAUUGUUAUUGUAGUAAUAUUUAUUAUUACGUUAUUGGUAUUUUAUCUAAAAAAUAUUAUUUAUUUUAUUGUUCGUUGAUUGUUAUUUAUUCAAUUAUGGAAUGGAAUUGGUUUGAUAGCAGCGCUUGACUCCUCGGCAAACGAAUUUAUUAGGCGAUACUCCAAUGAUAACAAUAAUAUGUAAACCGUUCUCGUCCCUUAGCUUAGCGCAUUCAUACAACUCGUGACGAUAUCGCCGUGUAAUUAUUACACCGCGAACCGGAAUAAAACAUUACGCGGGUGACAAUAAAAUACGAGUACAAUUAAAUAAUAAUAAUAGAAAAAAAAAAACAAAAACAGUCUUCGUCAACAGUAUAUCGCCGUCUGAUUAAUAUUAUAAAACACCGUCAAUAAAUUAAUUCGGUCCCGCCGCCUCCCCCCAAUUCGCCGUCUGCCGCGAGUCGAGCGCCGCUAAACGUCAGGACGGGCAAGCCCAUAUUCUAAAAAAUUUAUCAUUCAUAGUGCUAUUAAACGAUAACGUAAUGUUUAAGUAUAGUUUAAUUGUAUAGCAUAGUUUAUGAUAUUAUUUUCUUAUAAGUAAAUCACAAGACUAAUGUUCAUUAUUACAUAUUAUACAUAGAUUCUAAAUUAUAUAAAUCCACUAAGUGGUCGUGUUCGUGGCUCAUCUAAGAUAUUUUCAUUCUGCUUUAAAAAUAUGUUAACUAACUCACACGGUAGUUACCUAACUGUUAUAACUUUACGUCAAUACACCAAUGGUAAUGUUAAACGAUUCUAAAUUAAUUGCGAUUAGUUUUAGUACGACUACGAUAUUGUAUAGGUAUAUAUGAUUAUUUUUAUGUGUACGAGAAUUAUUAUUUUAUAGUGCCCGUGUACCAACGUUUCGAAAACACGGUAAAAUAAUCAUUCGAAGUUUCUAGGUAUAAAAAAAAAAAAAUAUAUAUUACAACUUCUCGAAAUAACAAUAUUAUAUUCUAAACGUAAUUAUAUUUAUAUUCUAAAAUACCAUAUUAUAUUUUUAACGAUAAAUCAAAUCAUUUAUCAGUAUAUAAUAUAUAGUUUUUCGUAUUAUUAUUAUUAUUAUUAUGUUAACAAAUGACUUUAUUCAAAACACCAUUAUAUUAACUAUUAUACAUUUCAUAAAUUUAUUAACUCACUCGCGGGGUAAACAUGAAAAUGCCCUAUUUUAGUUGUUUUUCUAUGAGUAAAAUGUAUUUUUAACACGUCUAUUAUGUAAUAUUAUUGGUACUAAAAUAUUCUACGUAUACAAUACACAAUUAUAUAUUUGUAAAAUCAUAUCUAUUAUUGUUAUAACAUUAUCUCUUAUACCAUUAUAAUUAUUAUUAUUAUUACUAUCGUAUUAUAGAGUUUAUUAUUAUUAUUAUUAUUGUACUUGUUGAUAUAAUUAUUAUUAUUAUUAUUAUUAUUUAUGUACCAUUAUGCCAAUUAUUAUUUCGGAUAAUAGAUUAUAAUAUUAUAUUACAACACACACAUUUAUAUCGGAAACGUUACAUUUUUAUUUUAUAUAACGAUAAUUAUAAUAUAGCAUAUAGCGAAACUGAAGCACCACGAAAAAGUAACUAUAAUAUAUUACAUUAGCAUUUUAAGUACGUUAUACUCGUAUUAUUAUUAUUAUUAUUACCUAGUUUAUUAUAUUAUUAUUAUGUUAUACGCAUAGAGAGACCGUACGUAUUUAUUUGUUUAUUACAAUAUAUUUGUACUUGUAUUUUUUAACAAUUGUAUCUGCUCCAGAGUGUCUGUAACAUACCGAGUGGGGCGGUCAACUCGUCGGCUCGUCGCCGCAUCGGAUUUACCAUCACCGACUCCCGUACCCCCUCCACCCCCCCACCCCCCCCACGGCGUUUUGUAUCCGCGGCCGAAAUUGUCGCUGUAAAAUUAACGUUAUUCCGCCGUCAUUUCGUAACCGGACGCCGACGCAAAUACCAUACGGGCGAUACGGUAAAACGUACCGAAUUUUUUUCAACGGGACGGCGCUGCGCCGCCGUUGCAGACGCCGCGCGUACAUUGCCGAUUCCGGUUACCGACGAAUCGCGGUUGUAUGUUCGCUGUAGGUACCGGAGCCCGCCCGCGGGACGUUCACAUUAUCGGCGGGACAGCGCCCGCCCGCGGGACGUUCACAUUAUCGGCGGGACAGCGCCCGCCCGCCCGCCCGCAUAACAACACUACGAUAUUAUAAUAUCGCGACGGUCCGAUGCGUCCUAACGGCGCGUCGGUCGGCGGAUACAGACAACACACCGAUAACAGGUCGACCAAUAGGCGCGCGCGUCGCGCGGUUGACCGUUCCCUCGGUAUGUCUAUACACCGUACCGUAAUAGACGCUCCCCGAUAAACCUGUGUAUUAGAAGACCGACGACUGACGUAGUAAUUGUAUUUCUGUGUAUUAGUAUUGGAUAUUAGCCGUUACUUAUCGUGUGAUAUUGUCAUGUUCGAUUUCUGUACCGACACAAUGGAGACGCGGCGUCUUCUUCGCGCGGCAAUAUUUCGAUUAGAUUUCAAAUCGAUCGUGAUUUCGAACGGUUCACAAAACGUACAUAUUCCCACUUGGCACGUAGUAUUACGCAGAGUACUCGUAUAUAAAUAGACGCUGGCACCAGCCACGUAUACAGGUGGGAGGGGGAUUCAAACACCCCUACUCGACCAAAUAUAUUACAAAUUACGAAAACACCAAUAAAUAUUGUCCUAUUUUUUUAUAAAAUAAUACCUAUAUAUUUGAAGUUGAUUUUUUUUUUAUUUUUUUUUUUUUUCAUGAAUCCCUCUCUCCCCCGAGAUUGUUUUGUGUACGUGACUGGUUGCUACACACGGGUAUUAAUUGGUUUCGGUCCGUAUCUCGAUUAUUUAAUUCGUUUAAUUUUUGAUUCAAUACAAUUUUUUUCUUAGAUAAUCGUAUAGAAUUAUAGACGUCGCGAUUAUUAUUAUUAUUAUUAUUAUAUUAUACGAUUAUAAAUUAUUAAAUGCGUAUGUGUUUUCAUAUUGGUAACUGUAGCCAAUAUUUUAUUGUAUUAUUAUGUAAUAGCAUGUUACAGUAAAUAGACAUUUAACCGUAGAUUAACACUAACUAUAGUUUUAUUAUAAUAUAUAUUGUCCUAAAAUAUUGUUCUACAUUAUAUUAAAAAAUACAAUUAUCCCCGUUGUUUGUCAGUAAACAUUUUAAUCACAAUACUAUAAUGUUGACAAUAUUAUUAUAUCGUAUUCCUAGACUAG